CCAAUUCGCAUUCGACCGACGUCUUGGUUUAAAGAAUCACGGGGAUAAGACUUUUGACGAUGACUUGAUUUCUGCCGACUGAUUGAACUAAGCCGCGGUUACCAGCAAAACUGCGUGUAACGUGGAAUAAAGCGAGAUAAGUGCAAGUGAUUUGCUCCGAUUCGUCGUUGUGCAUCAAGAGUUUAACUCCCGGGUGACAAAAUAUAACGUUGAAAGAAAGGAGAUAAAACUAAAAACUCUCUAAAUUCUCCAAAUUAAUUAGUAGUUUACUACUACAUUACUAUAGUUGGUCACAAUUUUGUCAUCCGAACAAUUUACGACUAUAUUUAUUCUCUCAAUCCAAGAUGAAGCGACAACAAUCUCAAGAACAGAAAUUACAACAGCAGCAGCAGCAACAAGCUGUCAUGCAAGAACAGCAACAAUAUAUCCAGCAACGGACAGAAAGACAAGUUACACGACAACAGAUCACCAGUCAGCAGAGAGUUCAAGGGGAGAUCGUUACGCAUACAACGCCAACGGUACCAGUAUUUACGGGUAAACCUGGGGAUCCCUCACCACCGAUUUUCGAACGAAUCUUCAAAAAUGCAAGAUUUGCGCAGGGCGGCAACGCAAUUUUUGAAGGUUGUGUUCGAGGCAAUCCAAAACCAUCAGUUUCUUGGACACAUAAAGGAGUGGCGUUGCUAGAAUCACGAAAGAUUCGAAUGUCUUAUGAUGAAAAAUCUGGAAUUGUUACACUUCAAAUUAAUCAGAUCGGUCCAGGGGACGAGGGCGAGUACACAUGCAGUGCAAAGAAUCAAUAUGGCGAAGCUAUUUGCUCGGUUUAUAUACAACCAGAGGGAUUUGGUCCACCAGCGCAACAGUUAACAGAUAGUUAUAAAAAAGAAUUUACGCAAAGCUUUCAAACAAGCGAACAGAAAAUGCAAACUGGAAGCCAAGUCUUUCAACAACGUAGUUAUCAGCAAACGUCAGAUAAACGAAGUUACGUAAAUGGCACAACUACGUCUAUUGAAGAUUUUAAGGUUGACACCUUUGAAUACAGAUUGUUGCGUGAAAUAGAAUUUCGUGAAUCAAUUACUCGCCGUUUUGCGGGUGAGUCCGACUUGCAAAUUUCUACGACAAUUGAUCGUACUCUGGGGCCAGUCGCACCUCCACAAAUCACUCAGAAACCCAGAAACUCAAAGCUCGUUGAAGGAUCAGACGCUGUUUUCACCGCAAAGAUAACUGGCAAUCCGAAACCAAGAUUAACAUGGUUCAAAAACGGCCAGAGAAUUCGAGAGUCUCAACGUGUGGAGACGGGCUAUUCGAACCAACAGGCUACUUUACGAAUUCGAGUCGCUCUUCCGGAAGAUAGCGGACAUUACACAUUAUUAUCUGAGAAUCCUCAAGGUUGUACCGUUAGUUCCGCUUAUCUGGCAAUUGAGUCUAGCGAUCAAGUAGAUCAAGCUCCAUAUCAAGCGCAUCAAAGGGAAUUUAUUAAGAGUCAACAAGUAGAGUCGACCAUGGAAUCUACUGACUCUAGUAAGGUUCUGCCACCAAACUUUGUUCGUACCAUCACAGAUAAGGAAACUACCGAAGGCAAAAUGACGCGAUUCGAUUGUCGCGUAACUGGCCGUCCAUAUCCCGAAGUCACUUGGUACAUAAACGGCCAACAAGUCGCUAAUGAUAUGACUCAUAAAAUCCUUGUAAAUGAAUCUGGUAACAAUUCAUUGAUGAUCACGAAUGUAAAUCGCACCGACGCUGGCGUGGUAACGUGCGUUGCUCGAAAUAAAGCUGGCGAGACUUCUUGUCAAUGCAACUUGAACGUUAUUGAAAAAGAACAAAUAGUUGCGCCGAAAUUUGUCGAACGUUUUGUCACAACAGGCGUAAAAGAGGGAGAACCCGUGGUCUUUAUGGCACGCGCAGUCGGCACGCCCAUUCCACGUAUCACGUGGCAAAAAGAUGGCGUACCGAUAACGCCUGGCCCUGAAAUACGUAUAUCGAGUGAUGAUAGUGGAGCUUCAACUUUGGAUAUCCCGUGCACCAAGUUUUCAGAUGCAGCCUGGUACCAAUGCACAGCUCAAAAUGUGGCCGGCUCUACCGCAACUCGAGCACGGCUCUUUGUUGAAACGCCAAAAGGAACAGCCCCGGAACCAAGACGCCUGAACUUACCCCGACCAACGAAAGUCAUCGAACCAGAACCAGCGCCUGGCCCCGAAGUGAUUUACUUGAGACAUGUGGAACGCGCGAAACCUUAUUUGCCGCCUCCUGAAGAAGACAAAGUUUAUCCCCCACCAUGUUUCAUUAUACCUUUAAAGGACGUUCAUCAGAUCGAAGGUGGACGAAUUCACUUCGAGGCCAGAAUCGAACCGGUGGGCGAUCCUACUAUGAGGGUGGAAUGGUAUGUCAAUGGCAGAGCACUUGACGCGAGUUCCCGAGCAACUUCUGUCUUUCGCUUUGGUUUUAUUUCACUCGAUCUCAUUAGCAUCGUUCUUCAAGAUAGUGGCGAAUACCUAUGUCGCGUUAUAAGCUCGACCGGAAUAGCUGAUUCUCGUGCCACCCUCAGCGUAACUCCACGUGCCACGAUUGAGCAAGCAAGCCAACACCCCGACAGCCUCCAAUACAUUCAACAACUCGAAGAUUACAGCAAGUAUCAAAGACAAGAGAACGUAGAGGAGACCUCUUCACAGCGGCCAGUUUUUAUCCGCACACUCCAGAAUCUCGGUGAACUACAGGAAGGUCGUAACGCUCAUUUUGAGGCGCAAUUGACACCUGUUAGCGAUCCCACCAUGAAAGUGGAGUGGUACAAGGAUGGAAAACCGAUCACAGCCAGCUCAAGAAUUACUAGCAUCUUUAACUUCGGAUACGUCUCACUCAAUAUAUUGCACCUACGGGCUGAAGAUGCAGGUUCUUAUACAGUCAGAGCUGUGAACCGUUUAGGAGAGGCCAUCAGCUCCGCGACUCUUCGUGUCUUUGCGCGAACGAGCGUAACAACAGACUUGGGUAUUCCUGAACAACUUAGAUACAUAGAAGCUGCCGAGGAGUUGGAAGCAUAUCAACAGGCAAUGCACCAAAAGUAUGUGCAGGAGCAGCCUGAACCAAGUAGCCCACCGGAAUUUAAAUCGCCUAUUAAGGAUCAAAGCGGCAUACGAGAAGGUGGAUUUGCCCAUUUCGAAGCACGUCUCGAACCAAUUGGAGAUGCUGAUCUCCGUGUCGAGUGGUUGAAAGAUGGACGACCUGUAGAAGCUAGUUCUCGGAUUACAACCUUUUUCAAUUUCGGUUACGUGGCGUUAACCAUCAAAUACGUAACAAUACACGAUGUUGGCGUAUAUACUUGUCGAGCCUACAAUAGAGCUGGUGAGGCUCAUACUACUGCUCAAUUGAGUGUGAUUAGCAAAAAUGAUGUUAUUUAUGAUAGCCAACAUCCUACUGGUCUCCAAAAAAUUCAGUCUCUCGAAGAUUCUAGUAAAUAUUCGCGACAGGUCCAGGAAGAAAUGCAGAUUACACAAGCACCACGAUUCCUAGGUGGUCUUAAAGGUACUAAUAAAAUCGUAGAAGGUCAACGUGCGCAUUUUGAAGCACGCGUCGAACCUCAAAGUGAUCUGAGUAUGAAGAUCGAAUGGUACCAUAAUGGCAAACCCAUUGCUGCUGCUAAUAGAAUUCAAAUGUAUCACGAUUUCGGAUAUGUUUCCAUCGAUAUUCUUCAAGUUCGUUCUGAAGAUACUGGUACAUACACAGUUGUCGCUAGGAAUUCUCGUGGAGAAGCUCGUUUAUCCGCCACUAUGACUGUAGAAACGCGUUCCAGCAUAGAUACUAGCAGCAUGCAUCAUGCUACCUAUGAAAAGACACAACGUUUAGAAGAAUCCAAAUUUGUGGAACCGCAAUAUCAUAUUGAAGAGAUCUCCAAAUCGAAACCAAUUUUUAUCCAGCCAUUGAGUGAUCCUAAACCAGUUAGUGAAGGCAAAAAUAUUCACUUGGAGUGUCGUUUAGAACCGAUGGGCGAUCCAACGAUGAGAGUUGAAUGGUUUCAAAACGGACGUUCUGUUACAGUUGGUUCUAGAUUCAGAACUUAUUACGAUUUUGGAUUUGUUGCACUCGAUAUAGUACACGCUACUGCUUACGAUUCUGGGGAAUAUACAGUCAGAGCUACUAAUCAUCUUGGUACCGCGCAUACUUCUGCUUGCGUCAGAGUUAUAGGAAGAUCUGAUAUUGUUACCGAAACGCAAAAUGAACAAUCACUUGAGCAGAUACAAAUGUUAGAAGAUUCAUCAAGAUAUCACAAAAUUCAACAAGAAGAAGUCACUGUGAUGCAAGCACCUCAAUUCACUCGACCUCUGCACAAUAUUGAGACAGUAGAGCUGACUAAUGUUCACCUCGAAUGUCGCCUUCAGCCAAUUGGUGAUGUGACAAUGAAAGUUGAUUGGUUUGUUAAUGGUCGACCAGUCAAAACUGGUCACCGAUUCAGACCAUCUUACGAAUUUGAUUAUGUAGCUUUAGAUAUUCUUGGUGUUUAUCCUGAAGAUUCUGGUGUAUAUACCUGUCAAGCUAGAAAUCAGCUCGGCGAAGCAGUUACUUCGUGCUCUGUAAGAGUACACGCCAAAAAGGAUUUACUUUUAGAGUCUCAACAUCCUGAAGGAUUGGAAAGAAUACAAUAUUUAGAAGAUGCUUCGCGAUAUAAAAGGCAUGAACUAGUAGAUGAAGUCGUCACUAUAAAGCCAAAAUUUAUUACAAAGCCAAAAAAUCAAGAAAAUCUUCGAGAAGGACAACAUGCCCAUUUCGAGUGUAAACUGGAACCGGUAACGGAUUCAAAUUUAAAAGUCGAAUGGUUUAAGAAUGGUCGUCCGGUAACAAUAGGACAUCGCUUCCGUCCAAUUCAUGAUUUUGGUUACGUUGCAUUGGACGUAAUUGAUUUGAUUGCCGAGGAUUCUGGAACAUACACUUGUCGUGCUGUUAAUCUAGUAGGAAGUGAUGAAGUACUCUGUACGUUAAUGUGUCGCUCGGGCGCACAAAUAUUAACGGAUACGCAAAAUGAGCUUGGACUUGAGCAGAUUCAAUAUCUGGAGGAUAAAUCCAAAUAUCAUAGACGAGAAGUUGUUGAAGAAACUACUACUCAAGCUCCUAUUUUCACAACGUCAUUAAACAAUGUCGAGAUAAAAGAGGGUCAACGAGCACAUUUCGAAUGUAGACUAAUUCCAGUGUCUGACGCAACAAUGAAAAUAGAAUGGUUCCAUAAUAAUAAACCGGUAAAAGCAGGUUCAAGAUUUAUCGAAACAAACAGCUUUGGUUUCGUCGCUCUUGAUAUUAUGUACGCAUACCCUGAAGACUCUGGAACUUAUACCUGCAGAGCUAAAAAUAUUAUUGGUGAAGCUAUCACUUCUGCAACCGCUGUCGUUCAUUCUAAAAAGUCAAUUUACACUGAAACUCAAAGCGAAGAAACUCUUCAACGUCUUCGCUCGUUGGAGGAUACAUCUCGUUAUCAACGUAAAACUACAACCGAGGAAAUUAUUACGCAAGCUCCUGUUUUCACAAUGCCAAUGAAAGAUCUUUAUGUUGCUGAGAAUCAGGCAGCGCAUUUCGAGGCACGAGUUAUCCCAGUUGGUGAUCCUAAACUCAAGAUAGAAUGGCUACGUAAUGGAGUUCCUAUUUCAGCCUCAAAUCGUGUAACUACCAUGCACGAUUUUGGAUACGUCGCCUUAAACAUGAAGUAUGUUAAUCCCGAAGAUUCAGGCACUUACACGUGUCGUGCUACAAACGAACUUGGAGAAGCAGUUACUUCUGUAACUUUAUUUGUUCAAUCUAAGGCAGCCUUGCAACUCGAAUCACAACAUGAGAGUGCUUUAUCAAAACUGCAAGCCUUGGAAGAUACUUCAAAAUAUCAACGUCGUGAGGAAGAAGAGAUUAUAAUAAAAGACAAACCAUUCUUUACGGUUCAACUGAACGGACCUACCAAACUAGUCGAAGGACAAAGCGCACAUUAUGAGUGUCGCAUAGAACCUUAUCCCGAUCCCAAUAUGAAAGUGGAAUGGUUUCACAAUGGCAAGCCAUUAUCCACCGGUCACAGGUACAGAACUAUCUGUGAUUUUGGAUUUGCUUCAUUGGACGUAUUGACUGUAUAUGCUGAGGAUUCAGGCACAUACACUUGUCAAGCUACCAAUAAAUUGGGAUCAGCAAAGAGCUCAAUUAAUCUUGAUGUGAAGUCUCGAGCAUCAAUUAUCCAUGAUACGCAACAUGAGAGCGCAUUGAAAAAGAUACAAUAUCUCGAAGAUGAUUCAAGAUAUAAACGAGUAAUCGAAGACGAUACGAUCAUCGCUGAGAAGCCUACUUUUGGAAGGCCAUUAAAGAAUAUUGAACAUCUUCCAGAAGGCAAAAGCGCUCAUCUCGAAGCUACAUUAACUCCCGUAAAUGAUCCGACGAUGGUCGUUGAGUGGUUUAGAGAUGGACGACCUAUUCCUCAAGGACAUAAAUUUAAAACAACUUACGAUUUUGGAUAUAUUGCUCUUGAUAUUCUUUAUGCUUAUCCUGAAGAUUCGGGUACCUAUAUGUGCAAAGCGAAAAACGCUGUUGGAGAAGCAGUCACUACUUGCAUAAUCAGCGUGGAUUCAAAACAAGGUUUAUAUCUCGAUACAUUGGAUGCACAACGUUUGCAAAAGAUUCGAGAACUGGAAACUGUCGAAGUCAAACAAGAGGUAGAAAAGGAGGUUAUUCAUCAAAAACCUGUAUUUUUGACACCGUUGAACAAUUUGGAUCACCUCAAGGAAGGCGAACACGCUCAUCUGGAAUGUCGUGUAGAGCCGAUUAACGAUCCAAACUUGAAAAUAGAAUGGUUUGUCAAUGGCGUUGCAAUUAAAACUGGUCAUCGCUUCCGUACAACGCAUGACUUUGGCUAUGUGGCUCUUGACAUUCUAUACACUUAUCCUGAAGAUUCCGGUACUUACAUGUGUAAAGCAACCAAUCUGGCUGGUGAAGCCGUUAACACUUGCACUAUCAAAGUCGGUUCACGACGAAGUAUUCUUUUUGAUACCCAACAUCCUGAUGGUCUAGAAAAGAUUCGAGAAUUAGAGGCCCAAGGUCAUCCUGCGAGAUUAGAAAUUGAAGAACCGCCAAUAACACCUCCCAGAUUUGUUACUGAACUUAGAGGCACAACCGAAGUGUAUGAGGGACAAACGGCUCACUUCGAGUGUCAAGUAGAGCCUUUGCAUGAUGCAAAUCUAAGAAUCGAAUUCUUCCAUAAUGGUAAACCAUUACCAUCAGCAGCGCGUUUCCAUGUGACUUUUGAUUUCGGAUAUGUGGCUUUGGACAUUAGUCAUGCCAUACCUGAAGAUGCAGGACAAUAUUCUGUACGAGCGAUUAAUGCGUUGGGACAAUGUGUAUCAUCCAUCGAACUUAAAGUAAUCCCACGAGAUAACAUUAUUCUGGAUUCUCAACGACCCGAAGGAAUGGAUAAAAUUCGAGAGCUUGAAGCCCAGCAACCUUGGAAGAGACCUGACAUUUCAGAGCCUCAAACUCGGCAGCGGCCGGUCUUCACCCAACCAUUACAAAAUAUCGAUAACAUUGCCGAGGGUCACACUGCGCAUUUCGAAUGCAGACUUAUACCCGUAGGUGAUCCUAUGCUCAAAGUGGAAUGGUUCAGAAACGAAAUGCCUCUUGAGACAAGUUCACGGAUCACAAAAGUGCAUGACUUUGGCUAUGUGUCGCUGGAUAUCGCUCACGUGCGUGAUGAAGACAAGGGCGUUUAUAUGUGUCGCGCAUCUAAUCCAUUAGGCGAAGCGGUUACCACAGCUUCAAUGAAGAUCAAAACUAAGGCGAAUAUACAGUUAGAUACUCAGCAUCCAGAGGCGCAACGUAGAAUCGCUCAACUGGAAGCCAAGGAAACUGGACGACCCGAACAACCAGAAAAGAUUUUUGAUAAACCGAUUUUCACGCAGUUGUUAACUGGACCAACUGAACUUUGGGAAGGACAAAUGGCUAGAUACGAAUGCAGAGUCGUUCCUGUCGGCGACGCGAGUUUAAAAUUCGAAUGGUAUAUGAACGGAAUUGAAUUAAAAAUGGGUUCACGCUUCCAUGUAAGUCAUGACUUUGGGUACGUAACGUUAGACAUUUUAAAAGUUAUCCCUGAAGACUCUGGAGUCUACACUUGCAAAGCGAUUAACAAUGCAGGAGAGGCAGUAUCAUCGAUUUCGCUGAAAGUAAAAGCACGGUCAGCCAUCGAUUCUGAUAGUAUACAAGCGGAUGCUUGGCAGAAAAUUCAGUUGAAGGAAGCAGAAAUGAACAAAGUACCAGAAAUGUUUGUUGACACAACGCCGCAACAAGCACCAGUUUUCACUAAACAUCUUGAAAGUUUUGACAAACUGGUAGAAGGACAACGCGUCUAUUUAGAAGCACAAGUGGAGCCGCGAGCGGAUCCCAAUUUAAAAGUGGAAUGGUUCAAGAACGGUGUAUCUCUCCAGACUGGAACCAGGCUUCGUAGUACAUUUGAUUUUGGUUUAGUAACGUUGUCAAUCAAUGGACUAAGACCUGAUGAUUCCGCAAUUUACACAUGCAAAGCAACUAAUCUUUUGGGAGAAGCUGUAUCAACCUGUACUUUGAAAAUUGCCGAUCGUCAUUGGUUAUUGGGAGAUACUUUACAUCCUGACGCUCUACCAAAAAUCGAUAUUUUGGAGCAACCUCAAAUAUUUUCAACCGAACAACCGGAACCUACUUACGAAGAACCAGUUUUCAUCACUCAUUUAAAUAAUGUGGAGUGCAUUGAAGGUGAUAACGCUCACUUUGAGUGCAAUGUAGAACCAUCGAAAGAUCCGACCAUGAAAAUUGAAUGGUUCUUAAACAGUAAACCUUUGCCGACCGGUGCGAGAUUUAAAAGCACCUAUGAUUUUGGUUACGUAGCUUUGGAUUUGACUCAUGCUUACGAAGAAGAUUCUGGAGUAAUUACCGUUAAAGCCACAAAUUCGAAAGGUAGUGCACAGACAUCUGGUACUUUAAAAUGCACCAGUAAACAAAACAUUUAUCUUCAAACACAACAUCCACAAGGAGAAAUUGGAUUAGAAAGAGUUAAAGAAGUCGAGGAUGCUUAUAUAUCGAAAUCCAAGAGACCAGAAGAUGCUCCUGAACAUGAAUAUCCCAAACCAAUUUGGACGGUGCCUCUCGGGCCUGAAUUUAAACUGGGAGAAUCUGAACCGUUACAUUUAGAAGGACAAGUCGAGCCAAAGGAUGAUCCCAAUCUAAAAAUCGAGUGGUACUUUAACGGAAAACCUUUAGAACAUGGUUCACGCUUUAAAAUGACUAGUGAUUUUGGAUUUGUCACUUUGGAUUUAACGGAUGUUUAUGAGCGUGACUCUGGUAUUUAUACUUGCAAGGCCUAUAACAAAGCAGGCGAAGCUUUUACUUCAACAACAAUUUAUUGUUCCACAAAGGAAAAUAUUAUAGAAAAGUCACAGCAUCCUAAAGGUAAGGAAGGUCUCGAAGCAAUCCAAGAUCUGGAAGAAUCUUUGAAACGGCAAGAAGGAAUUCCUCCUGGAGAAGAAGAAGGUCAACCACCAAUGUUUACUUCACAAUUUGAGAAUCUGACCAAUCUCUCAGAAGGAGAGAUCGCUCAUUUUGAAGCAUCUCUUAUCCCUACUGGUGAUCAAACUAUGGUGGUUGAAUGGUUCUAUAAUGGCAAAUCUUUAGAAGCUGGUCACCGCAUAAGAACUGUUUAUGCUUUCGGAAUGGUUGUUCUUGAAGUUCUCGGUACUAAAAUAGAAGAUUCGGGGACUUACACUUGCAAAGCUACCAACAAAUGGGGUAAAGCAGAAAUUAGUGUACAACUAGAAUGUAUCGACAAGUCCAAGGGACAGAAACCUAAAUUCACGACACAGAUUCAAUCUUUGGAAGGUUUAAAGGAUGGUCAAUCAGCUCACUUUGAGUGUACUCUAAUCCCAGUAGGUGAUCCUCAUAUGAAAGUCGAAUGGUUCCACAACGGAAAGCCUCUACGGCAUUCGUCACGUUUUAAGAUGGUCUCUGACUUUGGCUUUGUAGUUAUGGAUAUUGCCGGUGUGAUGUCUCAUGACACCGGAGAAUAUGUUUGCAAAGCUAGCAAUAAGUACGGCGAAGAUUAUACAAAAGCCACAAUCAAUUGUUUUGGAAAGAGCGGAGUUUAUUUAGAUUCUUUGCAACCGGAUUCUCUUGCUAGAAUCCGAGAACUCGAAAGUUAUACCGGAGGGCAAGCAACUAUACCUACAACUCCUGUCGCUGAACCACCGAAAUUUAUUACGCAAAUCGCUGACAUUACAAAACUAAUGGAAGGACAGUCCGCCCACUUUGAGGCCAGACUAAUCCCAGUGAACGAUCCUGAUUUAAAAGUCGAAUGGUAUUACAAUGGCAAGAAACUUCCUCACGGCCAUCGAUAUCGGACUUUCCAUGAUUUUGGUAUCGUUAUUCUGGACCUACUCUAUUGUUAUGAAGAAAACUCUGGAAUUUAUGAAUGUAGAGCCUUUAAUAAGUAUGGUGAAGAUUCUACAAAAGCAACACUUAAAUGUUUCUCCAAAACUAAUCUCAUUUUGGAAUCGCAACUUCCGAAGGGCAUGGAAGGUGGUCUAGAAAAAAUUCAAAAUCUUGAAGAUUCAAUGAUACGUACAAAAGACGAAAAAGUUGUAGAAGAACGUGGCAAGGCUCCUAUGUUUACUGUGCCUUUAAGUAAUAUCGAUGGUCUACGAGAAGGAGAAAGUGCGCAUUUCGAAGCACGAGUAAUUCCUACGGACGAUCCAAAAUUAAAGGUCGAAUGGUUUUGGAAUGGUAAACCAUUGCGAACAGGAUCUCGCUUCCGCACUUUCUGCGAUUUUGGUUUUGCCAUUUUAGAAAUCUCUCCUAUUUAUCCUGAAGAUUCCGGCGAAUAUAGUUGUAGAGCAACAAAUGAUUAUGGUGAGGCGGUGACAACGUGCACGAUGAAAUGUACAGGCAAACGUAGCAUUAUUUUGGAAUCUCAGUUACCCAAAGGUAUGGAGAGUACGAUUGAUAAGAUUGCCGAAUUAGAAGGACUUGGAGCUGUUCCGGGUCAAAUCAGCCCUGAGGAUGAUACUGGUAGACCGCCAGAAUUUAUUACGACUCCUUCCGAUUUAACUUUGGCAGAAAAUUCUCUUGCUCAUUUUGAAUGUCGUCUACAACCAAUUAACGAUUCUAGUAUGAGAGUCGAAUGGUUCCACAACGGCAAGCCUCUUCUCGCUGGUAGUAGAGUCAAAACAAUUCAUGACUUUGGUUUUGUCAUUUUAGAAGUUGCAAAUUGUUAUCAACGCGAUUCCGGUUUAUAUACUUGUAAAGCCACCAAUCGUCAUGGUGAAGCCACAGUAUCAUGUAAGCUUCAAGUUCGUGGACGUCAAGGUAUCAUUCUGGAACCUCAAUUACCAAGUAAUUUUAAAACUGGUACAGAAAGUAUUCAAAAAUUGGAAGAGUCUUUGUAUAAAAAAGACGAGAUAUUGGCAGAGGAAGAAACACCGAAUCCACCGAGAUUCGUUGUCGAACUUAAAGAUAUCGAAGUGGAAGAAGCUGGGCCAAGUCAUUUUGAUUGUAGAGUUGAGCCUGUGAGUGAUUCUACUAUGCGUAUUGAUUGGUUUCACAAUGGUCGACCAUUUGCAACAGGCUCUCGGGUUCAUCAAAUUAAUGAUUUUGGAUUUAUUUCAUUGGAUAUGUCAUACACGUAUGCACGAGACAGCGGCGAAUAUGUCUGUAGAGCUACUAAUAAAUGGGGUAGUGCUACCACUAAGGCCACUAUUACUUGCAAAUCUAAGAAAACAAUAGAUUUUGACUCUCAAUUACCAAUGGGAAUGAGCGGCGAAAAACUAAAAGAACUAGAGCGAGGACCGGUUUCUCAAGCUCCUGUAGAAGAAGCACCGCGACAACCUCCUCAUUUCAUUACACAAAUCCAAUCGACAACUAUCGACGAAGGUGAAUCCAUCAGAUUCGAAUGCCGUGUAGAACCUAAAGAAGACCCGAAUCUACGCAUCGAAUGGUACAGAAAUGGUAAAUUGAUACCUGCUGGGCACAGAUAUAGAACGGUUUACGAUAUGGGAUUUGUGUCGAUGGACAUUUUAUACGUAUAUCCCGAGGAUUCCGGUGAAUACGUUUGUAAAGCUAUCAAUGAUCUUGGAGAAGAUACUACUCGAGCUGCUGUAUCUUGCAAGAAAUUACCAAGCAUCAUUCUACAAAACCAAGUACCAAAAGGUAUGAAAAAAUCUGAGGCCUUGAUGCAGAUGGAAGCAACAAUUAAAAAAUAUACUUCGGAAAUUCAUUUAACCGAAGAUGAUUUAUACGAUGCGGAUAAAAAGCAACCGCCUCGUUUUGUCACGCAGAUUCAAGAUCAGACCGAGCUUGUUGAAAUGAAUAGUACCAAAUUCGAAUGUCAGUUGGCACCUGUGGGUGAUCCAAACAUGAAAGUCGAAUGGUUUUUCAAUGGGAAACCAUUACCCCAUAAGAAUCGAUUUACCCCUAUUUACGAUUUUGGCUAUGUAGCUAUGAACUUUGGUUGGGUCUAUCCAGAAGAUAGUGGCGAGUAUCUAUGCAGAGCUACAAAUCUUUAUGGAAUGGAUGAGACUAGAGCUAUAAUAAAAACUGCGGGAAAACCAGGAAUUAUCUAUGAGUCUCAACUUCCAAAAGGCAUGAAGAGUAUCGAGAAGAUUAGAGAAAUGGAAGCUGCAUGGCAAAUUGUACCUGAAGAAGAAGGUGAACAAGAAAAAGUUCGUUCCGCGCCUAUUUUUGUGAGCAAACCAGAACCGGUAACCGUUGAAGAUGGUGAUUGGUCUAGAUUCUGUUGUCGAGUCACUGGAUACCCAAGGCCUCGUGUUAUGUGGAUUAUCAAUGGACAUACGGUAGUCAAUGGAUCUCGAUAUAAACUAACAUACGAUGGUAUGUACCAUCUGGAUAUACCAAAGACUAGACAAUAUGAUCAUGGUAAAGUGGAAGUAAUUGCAAGAAGUUCUGUUGGUGAAGCACGUACGGAAACGACUCUAACAGUCAAGCAGCGAAGCGACGAUUACCGUGGUGUAUUGAAAAAUUCACCAAGGCCCUGGUACGAUUAUGGAUUAACACAAUACCAGUCCGAGCGGCAAAACACAGAAUUGGAACGCGUAUUCGAUGAACGCCACCAAAGUGUCUCCCAAGGAAUUGAAAUUGCCACAGAGCAUCUUGGCUCUAAAGUUAUCAAAGAACCUGAAACUGAAUGGCAGAAAUCCGUCAAAAAUAAGAAAAAUGAAGUUUAUUACAACAAAUUAAUGAAUCUCGAAGAGGAACAAAUGCUCAAAGAGUCCAGAUUAAGAGAAGCUUCGCAUCAAUUCGCUAUUCCCGGCGACAAAGUUGUUGCACAUUCUUUAGCAAAGGGAAUGGCUCAAAAGUAUGAAGAAAGUUUGGAAGAUCAACCUCAACAAGAACCAACGCAACCACCUCCUAAAUACGUAAAAAAACCAUUUGUUACUGAGGUAGAUAUAGACACAGAACGUGUUAAAUCCACAGGAAAAUAUCCUCCAGGACCGUCUGAAUCUACAGUUCAUGGUCGUGAAGUUCAUGUCGCUAAACAAAAACAAACACAAAAGGAAAUUAAGGAUGACGUAGAAAUAACAAGAAAAAUUACAGCAACAGAGACUACAGAAGUAGAACACAAAGCAAAGACGCAAGAACGCGUGGUACAAGGUCAAGUCAAACCUGCCAAACCGCCCAUUUUUACGAAGAAAAUUCAACCUUGUAGAGCAUUUGAGCAAGAACAGGCCAAGUUUGAGGUAGAAUUUGAUGGCGAUCCAUUGCCGACCAUCAAAUGGUAUCGCGAAGAUUUUCCUAUUCAAAACUCAGCCGAUCUUCAAAUUUAUACCUUCAGUACCAAGUCGGUGUUAAUUAUCAGACAAGUUUUUAUGGAAGAUUCUGGUGUCUUUUCCGUCAUUGCUGAGAAUAGAGGAGGCAAAGCCAAAUGUAGUGCUAAUUUAGUGGUAGAGGAACGUAGAAGGCAGCCUGGUCGAGGCGGUGCGGUACCACCCAGCUUUUUAUCCACAAUCCAACCUGCUUCUGUUAUUACUGGACAACUCGCCAGAUUCGAUGCCAAAAUUACCGGUACUAAACCUCUAGAUGUUUAUUGGCUCAAGAACGGUAGAAAAAUAAUAACAGAUAUCCGUUAUAAAACUUUGGAAGAAGACAAUAUUUACACACUUCUGAUCCUGGAGACAGUACCAGAUGACAUUGGCAAAUAUGAAUGUGUUGCGAUUAACAGCGCCGGAGAAGCACGUUGCGAAGCGGAAUGCACUGUUCGCGGACCUCAAUCUCCAACAAAGACUGCAAAACCUACAACACCAACAAUAGAAAAAGCGCCAACUGUUCUAGAACCAUUAAGGGAUCAAACUAUUAAAGAAGGAACUUCCGUCGCUUUCGCCUGCAAGAUCACAGGAAAGCCUACUCCUACUAUACAAUGGAAAAAAGCCGACAAGGUAAUCAAACCGUCAAAGUACUUCCAAAUGCAAAAAGAAGGCGAUUUCUGUACUCUAAAGAUUUCUGAAGCCUUUCCCGAAGAUGAAGGUGUUUAUAAAUGUAUCGCUAAAAACCCCGCUGGCGAGAUUACGACAUCUGCCAAUCUCAGAGUUCUUGCACCCGAUACAGGUGAUGUCCUGCCAAAAUUGACACCUUUGAAGGAUCAAAUAGUGGUAGAAGGACAGCCAGCUCAAUUUAAGACUCAAGUGAGUCCAACAAAGCCUAAACCAACAAUUCAAUGGUAUCGAGAGAGUGCCUUGAUUCCACAAUCACCGGAUUUCCAGAUGAUUCAUGAAGGCAACAAUGCGGUGUUGCUGAUAGCAACCACUUACGAGGAGGAUACUGGCACUUUCACUUGCCGCGCUACAACCUCAGCCGGUACCGUAGAAACAUCCGCCAAACUCAUCGUCAAAAAGAGAAAAGGAGCUCAUUAUGCGGUUCCGGCGGAAACAAGUGCCAGUAUCGAUGUAGAUACGAAACUUCAUCAAGAUUUAAAGAAAGAUGUAGUUCUGACAUCUCUAACUCUCGGCGAUGGUUUACCACUUGAAGCACAACCUAGCGAAUUGCUACCUUGGCGAAAAGAACGGUCCCAAUCUCGUAAUUUAAUUCCAUGGCGAAAAGUACCAACAAAAUCAAGAGAUUCUUCAUUAGAUAAACUUCGAGCUUUCGAGAGUCAAAUAAAACCAUGGACUGAGGAAGAAGUAACUUUGAAGAAAACUCCCCACAUUUCUAAGGACGUAACGACAGAAAAGUUGGAAGAAGUUGAGUUGAGGUCGACAAAGAUUGAAAAGAAAGACAUACAUAAACAUAGUCCAGAAGAAAUUAAAUUAAAAUCCGUGCCUAAAGGGGCAACAAGGACCAUAACUAAAGAACAUGUUAGCGACGAUACUGGAACUGAAUUUUACCAGGAGCAAGAAGAUGCUACUUUAAUACAAACGUCGCGUCGUUUAGAUGAAACUGUUUUGAAAAAAGAGAAACGCGAAAAACCAAGAUCAUGGACGGAAGAUCAAAUUAGUUUUAAACAAAUAGAACCAAAGACAAAAUUAACUACUGAAGUAGAGGUAAAAAGAACUGAUUUUCUCGAACAAGAGGACACUUCUUUGAUUACAAUUUCAAAAGAUGAAGAAAUACAAAAAUCAAGACGAGACAAGCCUAUACCAGAAUAUAUAGAACAAUCCAAGCCUUGGAUAGAAGAAAAAGUUACUUUGAAAAAAGCAAAACCGGAAAGAAAGGAAAUACCAAAAGAAAUGCUUGAAACCGUUUUGCUGAAACCUUCGCACAUAGUACAAAAAGAUCUCGAAAAAACAGUUUUAGAUAAAACAGAUCUAAAACCAGUUUUAAAAGAAAAAGUUACAAAAGAAAAGACAAAUAUUAGAGAAAUUGCUAAAAGUGCUGAAUACGUUGAACAAGAAGAUACUACAUUACUCCAAGUUUCAACUAAAAUACACGAUGAUAUUAAAGUAAAACCCGAUACAAGCAAAAAAGUAACACAACAAGAAAAAGGUGACGUUAAAGAUGUUACAGUAUACGAUAAAGAUGAUACUGCUUUACUCAAAAUUAUAUCAGAGAGUGAACCUACAAUUAAUAUUGAUAAAAAGAAACAAGACGUAAACAAACAAAAGGAAAUAUCACAAGAAAAGCUUCAGUCAAAACCAUGGACAGAAGAAAAAAUAAUCUUAAAGAAAAUAAAGCCAGAACAAAAAGAAGAAAAUAAAGAAACUCUUGAAGAAAUAUCUUUAAAACCAACCCCAAAGAGAGAUAAAAUAACACCUAAAAAAGAAACGAUAGAGAAAAUAGAUUUGAAACAUGAUACAAUAAGAAGUACAGACUUGAUUGAUGUAAAAAAAGAAGAAACCGUACCAUAUCAUGAAGAAGAACAUAAAAUUGUUAUGAAAAUGACCAAGGAUACUGAAUCUAAAAAAGUGAAGAGAGAGAAAAAACCAUCUAGAAAAAUACCAUAUGCGGAAGAAGAAGAUAUUACUAUUCUUGGCAUUGAUAGAACCAAUGAAAUAAUUGAAAAAUCUGAAAAAGAAGAAGUACCAGUGCCAUGGGUUAGAGGCAAAAAAACAGAGAAAAUAAAACCGUCUGAAGCAAUUCAAUCUGAAACAAAAUCAGAAGAGGAUAAACCAAUGGAACUUUCAAAAGCUCCAUGGCGCAGUAAACAACAACCUCAAAUUCAAGAAAAAAUUUCAGAAAAGGAAAAGGUUGAAGAAAUACCGGAAGUGGUCCAAUUGAAGCCUGUGAGAAAGAUAAAGAAACCUGAAGAAACGAAACCUGAACAAGUUGUAUUGAAACCUGUUAAAAAACUUUCUAAAAAAGAAGAAGAAUCAAAGGAAGAAAUCACAUUGAAACCAGUGGAUAAGAAAAAAGUUGAAGAAAAACUAGAGGAAGUUCGACUGAAGCCAGUAAGAAAGAUAGAGAAACCUGAAAAACCGAAACCUGAACAAGUUGUUCUAAAACCGACUCGAAGACUACCUAAAGAGGAAGAAUCAAAAGAAGAAAUUACAUUAAAAUCAGUAAAAAGAGGAAAAGUUAAAGAGAAACCGGAUGAGAUUCGAUUGGCGCCGUGGAGAAAAAUAAAACCACCUGAAGAGCCGAUACCUGAAAAAGUUGAAUUAAAACCUGUUAGAAAACUUUCUAAAGAAGAAGAAUCAAAGGAUGAAAUCACAUUGAAACCAGUAGAAAAGAAGAAAGUUGAAGAGAAACCGGAGGAGGUCCAACUGAAGCCAAUGAAAAAGACAGACAAACCUGAAGAACCGAAACCUGAACAAGUUGUUCUAAAACCGACUCGAAAAUUACCUAAAGAAAAAGAAUCAAAGGAAGAAAUUACAUUAAAACCAGUAAAAAAAGAAAAAGUUGAGGAGAAACCGGAUGAGAUUCGAUUGGCGCCGUGGAGAAAGAUAAAGCCACCUGAAGAGCCCACACCUGAACAAGUUGAACUAAAACCUGUUAGAAAAUUUUCUAAAGAAGAAGAAUCAAAGGAAGAAAUCACAUUGAAACCAGUGAAAAAGAAAAAAGUUGAAGAGAAACAGGAGGAGGUUCGUCUAAAGCCAGUGAGAAAGAUAGAAAAACCUGAAGAACCGAAACCUGAACAAGUUAUUCUAAAACCAACUCGAAAACUACCUAAAGAGGAAGAAUCAAAGGAAGAUAUUACAUUAAAACCAGUGGGAAAAAAGAAAGUUGAAGAGAAACCGGAGGAAGUUCGACUGAAGCCAGUGAGAAAGAUAGAAAAACCUGAGGAACCAAAACCUGAACAAGUUAUUCUAAAACCGACUCGAAGACUACCUAAAGAGGAAGAAUCAAAGGAAGAAAUUACAUUAAAACCAGUGGAGAAGAAAAAAGUUGAAAAGAAACCGGAGGAAGUUCGACUGAAGCCAGUGAGAAAGAUAGAGAAACCUGAAGAACCGAAACCUGAACAAGUUGUUCUAAAACCGACUCAAAGACUACCUAAAGAAGAAGAAUCGAAGGAAGAAAUCACAUUAAAACCUGUGCAAAAGGAAAAAGUUGAUGAGAAACCGGAUGAGACUCGAUUAGCGCCGUGGAGAAAGAUAAAGCCACCUGAAGAGCCGACACCUGAACAAGUUGAAUUAAAACCUGUUAGGAAACUUUCUAAAGAAGAAAAAUCAAAGGAAGAAAUUACGUUGAAACCAGUGGAGAAGAAAAAAGUUGAAGUGAAACCGGAAGAAAUCCAACUGAAGCCAGUAAAAAAGAUUGACAAACCUGAAGAACCGAAACCUGAACAAGUUGUACUAAAACCUGUUAGAAAACUUUCUCAGGAAGAAGAAUCAAAAGAAGAAAUUACAUUGAAACCAGUGGGAAAGAAGAAAGUUGAAGAGAAACCGGAGGAGGUCCGACUGAAGCCAGUGAGAAAGAUAGAAAAACCUGAAGAACCGAAACCUGAACAAGUUGUUCUAAAACCGAUUCGAAGACUACCAAAAGAGGAAGAAUCAAAGGAAGAAAUUACAUUAAAACCAGUUAAAAAAGAAAAAGUUGAGGAGAAACCAGAUGAGAUUCGAUUAGCGCCGUGGAGAAAGAUAAAGCCACCUGAAGAGCCAAUACCUGAAAAAGUUGAAUUAAAACCUGUUAGGAAACUUUCUAAAGAAGAAGAAUCAAAGGAAGAAAUUACAUUGAAACCGGUGGAAAAGAAAAAAGUUGAAGAGAAACCGGAGGAGCUUCGACCGAAGCCAGUGAAAAAGAUAGACAAACCUGAAAAACCAAAACCUGAACAAGUUGUACUGAAACCUGUUAGAAAACUUUCUCAGGAAGAAGAAUCAAAGGAAGAAAUCACAUUGAAACCAGUAGAAAAGAUAAAAGUUGAAAAGAAAACGGAGGAGGUCCGACUGAAACCAGUGAGAAAGACAGACAAACCUGAAGAACCGAAACCUGAACAAGUUGUUCUAAAACCGACUCGAAAAUUACCUAAAGAAAAAGAAUCAAAGGAAGAAAUUACAUUAAAACCAGUAGAAAAAGAAAAAGUUGAGGAGAAACCGGAUGAGAUUCGAUUGGCGCCGUGGAGAAAGAUAAAGCCACCUGAAGAGCCAACACCUGAACAAGUUGAACUAAAACCUGUUAGAAAACUUUCUAAAGAAGAAGAAUCAAAGGAAGAAAUCACAUUGAAACUAGUAGAAAAGAAAAAAAUUGAAGAGAAACCGGAGGAGGUCCAACUGAAGCCAGUGAAAAAGAUAGACAAACCUGAAGAGCCGACACCAGAGCAAGUUAAAUUAAAACCUAUUAGGAAACUUUCUAAAGAAGAAGAAUCAAAGGAAGAAAUCACAUUGAAACCAGUAGAAAAGAAAAAAGUUGAAGAGAAACCGGAGGAGGUUCGACUGAAGCCAGUGAAAAAGAUAGAAAAACCUGAAGAACCGAAACCUGAAGAAGUUGUAUUAAAACCGAUUCAAAGACUACCUAAAAAAGAAGAAUCGAAGGAAGAAAUCACAUUAAAACCUGUGCAAAAGGAAAAAGUUGAUGAGAAACCGGAGGAAGUCCAAUUGAAACCAGUAAAAAAGAUAGCGGAACCCGAAGUACCAAAACCGGAAGAAGUUGUACUGAAACCUGUAAAAAAGCUUAAAAAAGACGAAGUGAAGAAGACUGAAAUCAUAUUAAAACCAAUAGAAAAGCAAAAGUCUACUGAAAUUGUAUUGCAACCUGAAGUAGUGACAGAAAUGGUCGAUGAAUCUAUUGAAAAGUCAAUAGAGAUAACAGAAACUCCUUGGCGACGGAAACGAACAAAGAAAGUUGUUGAUUUCAAGGAUGAAGUUACAAUAGUACCUAUUGAUCAAGAAGAAUCUGUUGCAGAAAUUUUUGAAGAAAAAGAAACAAUGAUAAUUAAAUCUAAAGAUACCGAGGAUCUAAGGAAGGUGGAACCCGCGUCUUUACGUAAAGAAGAAAAAGUAACCGAGGAAGUAAUUGCAACAAGUGAAGUUUCAUGGAGAAAGACGGAACAAGAACGUUCAAAGAUAGAAAAAGAGAAAGAAAUGAUGAUAAAGCCCAUUGAAAAAAUAAUAGAAUUAGAAUCAGAAGGUGAACAACCCAAAGAACAUGCAUUAAUCCUUGUGAAAGAUAAAAAAUUACCUGAAGAAGUAAAGUUAGUAGAUGAAGGAAAAAUAACGAAAGAAAAGAUCAAAGAAGACAAAGUUAUUGAAUUAAAAGUUACGGAACAAAUAGCAGAAGUCUCAGAAGAAAAAGAUCAAGUCAUUAUUGAAUCGAUUAAAAGAAAAUCUAAGAUAAAAGAAAAAAUACCCGAAGAAAUCACUUCUGAUACUAUUGAAAAAGAAAUUGUAGAAGAUGUCAAGUUAGAAGUUAAGACUGAUGUCACGCAAGUGGAAGAUCGUAAGAGGAAACGUAGACAACAUACUCAGGUCGACAUAACUAUUACAGAUAAAGACAAAACUAUUGCUCCAAGAUUUAUUCAGAAGUUACAACCUGUUAUCGCUGAAUUAGAAAAACCUGCUAAAUUUACAUGUACCAUCAUAGGAAAUCCAUUCCCUGAAAUUUCUUGGUAUAAAAAUGAGCAAGAACUUCAUGCAACCGAACAAUAUACUAUGACUAUAUUUGAGACAACAGCAACUUUAGAAAUCACAAAAGUCAAAGAAAAAGAUGCUGGAAUGUAUUCUUGUAGAGCGUCUAAUCCGGCUGGCGUGGCAACAUCUACUGUCAAUCUUGUGAUAUUCGAAAAAGAAGAAGAAGGCGUAGCACCACAUUUCUCGACACCGAUUAAACCGUUAAUGAUUGAAGAGCACACUCCUGCUUUAUUAGAAUGCGUAGUAAGCGGUACGCCAUUACCUGAAGUGAAAUGGUAUCGCGGUGAGAAAGAAGUGAAACCAGAUGAAAGAACUGAAAUGAUUUUCAAUCCAACAACUGGAGAAGCUAAGCUAAAAAUUUUAGAACCAAUGCCCGAAGAUGAAACAGUUUAUCGCGUUCGUGCUGUAAAUAAAUAUGGCCGCGCUGAAUGCAGAGCUAAUUUAGUGAUUAAUAACAUCAUUAAAGUAAGCACACCAGUUGUUCUUAGAGCACCGCGAAUUACACGACCUUUGCCUGCCCUGAUAGCUGAACGCGGAAAGCCUUUGAAACUUGUAGCUGAUUUUGAGGGCAUACCGAAGCCAGAAGUCAAAUGGUUCCGCAAUGGUAUUGAAAUUACACCGUCUGAUAUACGUAAAAUGAAUAUCUACGAAAGUACAGCCGAAUUAAAUAUAACAGAAGUAACAAACAAGGAUAGUGGCAAGUAUGAGAUAAGAGUUCGAAAUGAAGCUGGUGAAGCAAGAAGCUCGAGUUCCGUUACCAUUAAAGCACGUAAAGACUCUACAAGUGAAGUGAAAGCACCAAUGUUUGUGGAACCCAUCCAGCCUCAACUUGUUGCAGAAGGAGAAGUUGUCAUUAUGGAAACACGAGUGGAAUCAUAUCCAGCAGCAUCCUUUCAAUGGUUUCACGAAAGCAAACCUCUUGAGUCGACACCGCAGGUAAGAAUCGUGACUCAAGAGAAUCGAUCAAUCUUAAUGAUGAAAGAAAUCACAUCAGAACUUGCUGGUAAUUACACGUGUCGUGCUGAGAAUGUCGGGGGUUCGGUAACUUGUACAGCCACCGUUAACUUAACGGAUAUAACAUGGGAACAAGCAACUGAAUUAGUUUCACCUACAUUCAUUAAAAGAUUGUCUCCCUUAAAAGUCAUGGAUGGUGAGAGUGCUAAUUUAACCUGCAUCGUUGAAGGGAAACCAACUCCUAAAGUAGAAUGGUACCAUAACGACAUGCCGGUUAAAGAAGGCAAAGAAAUUACAAUUGUUCAAGACACGGAGGGUGUUUGCAGCCUAGCCAUUGCCGAAGUGUUUCCAGAAGAUGCUGGAGAAUAUACCUGUCGUGCAGUGAAUCCUAUUGGCGAGACUGUUUGCACAUCAUCGCUCAUUGUUGAAGCGUACGAGUAUGUGCCUGACUCGGAAAUUGCAUCUUCGAUUAUCGCAACAUCCCUUACCACAGGGCCAAGCGAAUCGGAAGAAGAUCUUCUAUCUCCAAAAGAAACUCCUAUCUUCGACACUGAUGUAGAAGAAUCCGUACCAGAGAUAAUUAAGAAGCUUCCUCAGUUAGUUCCUAUCAAAGAUGGGGAAUUAACUAGAUUGGAAGUGAAGAUAAAAGGCAAACCAAAACCGAAAGGAAAAUGGUAUAAACAGGGCGUGGAAAUAGUCUCGUCACAAGAAUUCCAAAUUGAAGAAUUUGAAGAUGGUACAUCAGUAUUAACAAUUGCUGAAACUUUCCCCGAUGACACUGGCGAAAUCACAUUUGAGGCUUACAAUUCUCUCGGUGUAUCAACUACGACAACGUAUUUAUCAGUAGAAGGUAUACUCGGAACAAAAGAAUACAGAAAACCAGAAUGGGUCACACAAAUGGAAGAAAUGAAAGAGGUUUUAAGAGCUACACAAGCUGUCCCUCGAUUUAUUCAAGAAAUAACGGAUAUUUAUGCAAAAGAAGGAGAAACCACUUUAUUUGAAUGUGUUUAUUCUGGUAACCCCAAACCAGAUGUUGUUUGGUACAAAAAUGAUAAACUUAUAAUGAAUACAGAGAAUGUAAAAGUACGUAUAUUUGAUGAAGAAAAUAGAACUACUCUAACAAUUAAGAAAACUACCAAAAAGGAUGAUGCCACAUAUGUUUGCAAAGCUACAAAUGAAAUUGGCAUGAUAGUAACAAAAGCCAAACUGCAUAUCGAUACUAGUGAAUCACGACCAACGCCAGACGACAUAAUCAAGGAAGAAGAAAAACCGAAAAAACAAGAAGAAAAACCACAAAAAAAGAAGAAAACCGAAUUGAAGAAAGCCAAAGAGAUAAAAGAGAAAGUAAAAACUGAACGUAUCAAAAUUGAGAAAGAAGAAAUCCAUGAAGAGAAACUUGUUCCGAAGGAACAGAUAGAAGAAAAGAGAAUUGUCGAUGUUGAAGAGACUCAACUAUUAGAAACUACAGAGUUAAUAGAAGAUAAACCCGAAGAGGUUUCUAGAGCACAAAGAAUAGUGCCGAUUCAAGAACCAUUAGUAACCGAAGCAACAGCUACCUUGAAGAAAAUUGACGAUCAAAAAUCACGAGAAUACAAACCUAAAAUCAAAGAACGUGCCAAACAAAUUAUCGAAGAGCGAGAAAGUGUCGUUGUGUCAGAAAUCACAAGUGAAGAUAUUGCUCCUGAUUUUACUAUUCAAACAAAGCUUGACCACGCUCAAGUUACUUCAGAAACUGAAGAGAAAGUUUCUGUCUCAGAAGCACAUGUAGAAACUAGCGUGCAAGAAACAAAACGUAUGGAAGCAAAGUCGAAAAAGGUAAAGAAAAUAAAAACGGAAAAGAUUAAAGAAGAUAUUACUAUAAAGGAAAUUGUAGAGCGACAAAAAGAAAAUAUAGCUCGGGAAGUCGAUGAAAUAAUGGAGGUACUUGAUGUCAAAGAGUUUGGCCCAGGGGAAUCUCCUCUUAGAGAACUCGCGACAAUUGGCUACUUGGUCCGACAAGGUGUUUCUAUAAACGAGAUCAAUGAAUGCCUUUACAGAACUGAGAUUUUUUCCGCACUAAAAACACCUGAUGCUCAAAAUGCUUUGGUUCAGUUGGUGGAAAGAAAAGGCCAUGGUCCGUUAAUCACCCAAGUACUUAUUGAAGAGACAACUACUGAUGAGAACUUCGUUGCAGCCACUGUCGGUUUUCGCGCUUUUAUGAGAAUGGUUGAGCUUCAGCAUGCAACCGUAGAAGAAGUCAUUACACAUUUUGCUCCUGAAGAUUUUAGGCCACGUGCUUGGGAAGUUACAGAAAUUUCCGAGGUUGAAACUGAGCAACAUGCUACAGAAAGAGUAGAUAUUGUUCGCAAAAUGGAAGUUCAUUUUAUGGAGAUGAGGGACGAAAAGAAAGCUACUCACGUACAGGAUAUUCGAGAAAUUGAAGAAUACGAGGAUACACGGCAGGCACACACAACAUUGCGCAAACGUAAAGAUAGAAAAUCAAAGGAUCAAAUCGAAGAAACAACACAAGAUAGGGAAGAGGGGGUUCAAUUAAUAAAAAUCGAGGAGAUCGAAGAGAUUGAAAAAGAAAGAAAAAAGGAAGAAAUCGAGGAAGAAAUUAUUGAACUCGAACGGGAUUCAAAAGGCAGAUUGAUUCGUAAACAAAAACAAGAUGUGGAAAAACAAAUAGACAUAGAGGAAGAGGAAGAAACAAUUGAAAAAGUUAGAAAAAAAUUAACACCAAAAAGAUCAAAUAUUGGUAAAGAUGAUAUAAAACUGGAAGAAAUAGAAGAAUUUGAAAUAAUAAAGGAUCAGUUAUUACCAUCUAUGGCUUUGAAUGUAUCUAGUCAACGAAAUCAAAUAAUACCAUUAGACCGUAUAAUCGAGCAAGCACCUGGCAAACCUGAAUUGAAGAAAGCUAAAUAUACGUUAGACACUGUUACCGCGCUAAUGGAACAAAUAACGUCGGUACAUGAAAAAGAAAUUGAUCAAGUAACGAGUAUCAAACCUAGUGAACGUAAAGCUUCAAUAUCAAUCUCAUCAAUAGAACCAUAUUCCACCAUAGAAACUACUGCACAUAUAUCUACUGACGAAUUCUCUGAAUCUUUUAAACCUAUUUCUUGCGAAGCUAUACCUUCUGUAAUUAUGAAAGAAAGUCUUCUCAUCAGCGAAACACUCACUCAGAAUGAGGAUGUAUCAAAUUUAACUUUGAUUACGCCGGAAAUGGGUCGAAAAGCAGACGUGCAGAUCACUAUGCAGGAGGCUACAACUAUUAGAGAGACCAUAGUUAAUCAAAACGAAAUACCUACCGAUGAUUUUAUAACACCUUUAAGCGUUAAAGCGGAGGAUAUUUUUUUACCUCAAAUAUCACUCUCCAUUUAUGAAAUACAGGAAGGUUUAGUUGAAGAUAAAUUAGAACCUGUGAAAACGGUUCUUACAAAACCUCGAGUGAACAUCAAUGCAAUGGAACCUCUAAUAGUAGAAGAAAUACAUUCCGAGGACAAACCAGGAAAGUAUUAUCCAGAGUUAAUAGUGCCUACUGAAGUUGCUACUGAAAUGGUAAUUUCACAGCAACAACGAGUUACCGAAGAGAUGAACGCACCUGAAAAAGAAGGAGCAUAUAUUCCAGGUAGAUUACCACCAAGUCAAACAGCCCAAAUCGGAAUCUCCUAUGGGAAUGAGACGGCUGUUAUUCGUCACGAUCUCGUGCAGGAGCGUGAAGGCGAAUAUAUUCCCGAACGAAAACUAGAUUCUUUUGAAGCUACACCAAAUAUAGCCCUUCUGGAAGGAGUCACAAUCUCAAUGAUAGAUACUCAACAAAAAGAAGACGAUUUAACAAUCGAAGAAAGCAAACAGGUCAUGGCCGACUUGAAUGUCGUGGAAAUUAUGUCAGCUGUGACAUUAGAAACAAUGACUACUGAAAAAGAACAAGAAUAUCACCCUGAAGAAGGGCCUACUACCAAAUUGGCUAUUACAUCAAUCUCUCCAUUGGAAAUUGGUUCCGUAACAGAUACAAUUGUUCAAGAAUCUGAAGGAACUUAUUGUACCGAUCAAAAACCAUCUGAAGUAUUAGCGGAAACAUCGGUUAAACCGGAAGAAUAUAUCUUAAUAUCUGAAGUUCAAACUGCGGACUAUCCCGCGGAUUUAAAAGAUACACUCAAAUAUGUCUCAGAAAACAGUGUUAUGUCUAUUCAGUUAACUGAAGCAAAAAUUAUUCUCGAAACACUCACUCACGAUCGAGAGGCUAGCAUGAAGGAAGUUGCUAAACCGGAAACUCAUAUAAUCGAGACAGUUUAUGAUGCUGUCAGAGGUAUUGAGAUAUCGCAAACUACUUCUAUAGAAAAAGAAGCCGAACUGAAAAUCUUUGAAAUGCCAGAAUCACAUCGCGGUAAAACAGUGCCUACUCAUCCAAUGAUCUCACUUGAAGUUCAGGAAACCCAACCUGACAAUAAUUUAGGUGAAAUCACAAAAGAAGCCUUAUCAACUGCUACAGCUAAAAUCGAAGCAGUUGGUCUGCAAGAAACGAUUGUAGGCGAGACUGUUGCGGCAGAAGGUGUAGUUCCGGCAAGGGAAGAUAAGAGUCCUGAGACGAUGACUGCUGUAAUCUCAAUGAAUCAGAUUGAAUGCUUAAACACCACAAUGAUUGUAACAGGUGAGAAAGAAACUGAAUAUCUUGAAAUGACUGAUAUUAAAGGUGCAUUUGCAAAUACUGAAUAUAUGACGCAAGUGGUUCCAAUAUGCGAACAAGUAAGAACAGAAUCGCCAACCGAAGAAUACCUAGCGAUAGAUAAACCUAUGAGUGGAAAAGCAUAUCCAUCUCAUGUGCCUAUAGAAACUAUCAGCAUCGUUAUGCAAGAAACCGCAGAAAAAGAAGAAGUUUAUAAAGUGGAUGGAAAACCUGAAGAAAAAAUAGCGAACAUUGAACUCACAGAGAUGAGGCCUGGCGCUAGCGUUCUAGAAAUAAUUCCACAUGAUCUUGAGAAUAUUUACACGCCGGAUACUGGACCACAAACACAUACGGUUGAGUCGUCCAUAACUGGUCACACUAUCGCAUCAACAGGAGAGGUUUUAGUGGAACAAAGUGCUGGAAAAAUAAGCAGUGAUUUACCGAAAUCAAGCAAAGCGGUUGUACAACAAGAAAUUCUAGAAGAAUUGAUAAUAACUGAAACAAAUGUCGGUGAAGCGGAACGAACCAGGGAUAAGGACGCAAGUCCUAUUAAACAGAACGCCGCAAUUCAAGUAUGCGCUCGAUCUGAAAAACUGACCGUUACUGAAGUAAUAACUGAAUUGAAAGAAGAAGAAUUGUCAAUGGAAAAAUUACCAGAUGAACGAAGGGUUGUGCUAGAUAUAACUGAUGGCCACGAGAUAGCCGAAACACAAGAAAUGAUUCUUGCAAGCAAUAUAAGUACAUUGAAAGAAGAAAAGCCGAAUCAAGAAAAUGCCAAUCAGUUACAAAGCGGAUUAGAUGUUGUACAACAAAUGGAAGUAUCAGUAUCUGAAAAAGAAUCACCUUUAGAAACAGAUAUAAAACCCGAUAUUAAAAAAGUUGGUAUUUCUUUUCAAGAAGGAGAAAGUUUGACAAUUCAAAUUACGCAUCCCGAAGAUAAAGAAGAUAUACUUAAUGAAAAACAAGCACCAAAAACAGUCGAAGCUACAGUUGAUGUAGUAACACAGAAUAUAGCAUCAACAUUUGAGAUUAUUAGUAGCGUUGCUCCAACUGAAUUAUCUACAGAACCUAUUCAAGAAGCACGUCCUAAAGCGACAUUAUUACCAUUUGAAACAGCCGUUGCUGAAGAAGUGCAAACAAGAGAAACUGAAAAACCUUUUCCUCAUAUACCUGUGCCAGAGAGAAAAGCCGAUUUUGAAUUUGUAAUAGGUGAAAGUCUUGUUGUUUCUUCUGUAAUAACAGGUGACAAAGAAAGCAUACUUGCAGAAAUGGAAAAACCAGAAUCAAAAUCUGCUAUUUUUGAUAUUCCUACUCAUACCGUGGCCGAAGCUGCUGAAGUAACUACAACUGAUAAUAUCAGUGACUUAAUACAGGAAGAAACAAUCUCCGCAAUGGCUACAACCGAUCACAUCACUCAUCAUAGUAUUGUUACAUCUGAAAUGUCAACUGGUGACUCAGAAGAGCCUAUGCUACAAUUCGUCAAACCAGAUGCAAAAAGAGUCGAUGUAUCGUUUGAAGAAAAAACAAGCGUAACAGUGAUUGAAACAAUUGCGUCUGAUAAAGAAAGAGAAUAUUUUAAAAAACCGGAUAUUUCCGGUGAAAAAGUUACUACUAGCUUUGACGCUCAUAAAAUCGCCGAACUCACUGAGAUUACACCAGCCAUUUAUCCAGGAGACCUUAAUGUAAAAACACCAGUGGGAGAAGCAGCAAAAGAGGAACGUUUGCCGUUUGAAAGUAUCAUUCAAAGUGAAACUGUUGCAACAGAAAAAGAAAUAGAAUUUCAAGAUAAACCAAUCAAAACAAACACAGCUCAAAUAUCCGUCGAUGAGAUUAUCAGUGCCACUAUGUCUACCGAAAUUUUAGGCGAAAAAGAAGAUAUUCUCCGAAUUCCCGAAAGGCCUACAGAGAAAAAAGCCGAGAUUCAAUUUAACGGACACAUUAUUGCUGAAAAGACCGAAGUUACUCCAGAUUACAAUGCUGGAGAAUUGAUAGAGACAAAACCAAUUUCUAUUUCAGCCAUAUUCUCAAAUAUCCCAUUAGAAGCAUUAGUAGCAACAGAAACACAGCCAACAGAAACGGAGGCUACACUUGGGAAAGAUAAAAUACCAAUCUUGGCUCAAGCUGAUCUUUCAAUGAUAGUGGAACAAAGCGUGCAGGUAUCUUCGGUAAUUUUAGAAGACAAAGAAAUUGAAUAUAAAUUAAAAGAAAUACCAAAAGCAGAAACAGCGGAGAAAAGUCUAAUCGAUACUCAUAGCGUAGCUGAAAUAACAAUGCAAAUUGCUAAUUUUAGUACUGGUGAAAUAGCUAUUAGAGAAACACCAUUGGCUGCCAUUGCAAUUCCAGAUCACGUAGUUUUUAAUCCAUUAAUAGAGUCACAGCCUGUUAUUCAAGAAGGAGAAGAGCAAUUUACACCAGCGUUAAUGCCAGAAAAUAAAACUGUAAAUAUCGAUAUACAAGAAGGUAAAACAAUCGCAAGUAUAGCACAUAUAACACCAGCAGAUAAAGAAUCACCAUAUAUCGUCGAAGAACAACCGUUCAAGCAUGCUGCUUCAUUUGAUAUUGAUGCUAAUCACAGUAUAGCAGAAACAACUGCGAUAGAUAUCGAACAUGCUAUAGGGGAAAUAACUAUCGAAAAGCCAAACUUUAAAACGAUAUCAUCUACACAUGAAGUACAUCAAAGUCUUUUGAUAAGUGAAGGCAUAAUUCAAGAUACAGAGAAACCUUUCGAAGAUAAAUUUGUGCCAGAAAAACACAAGAUAGAAUUAUCUAUCGAAGAAGGUAAACGCGUUACUUCUAUUACAGAAAUAAAAAUGGCUGACAAAGAAGCUCCUCUCGAAACACAGGAAAAUAAAUCUUACUCAGCAAUCUCGGUUAUUAUUCCUGGUCACGAAGUUGCCGAGACAUCUGAAAUAAUUCCCAGUUCAAAUAUAGAUAAAAUGAGUGAAGUUGUAACACCGUCAAAAGUAACUGCGCUAAUUGGUCAAAAACCUUUUGAGACAGUGCAAUUGACCGAACAAGUCCUUGUAGAGAAAGAAAUAGAACGGAUUCAAGAAAUACCAGUGACAAAAAAGGAAGCACAUAUUGUUCUAGAUGAAAAUAGAUUUGUCGCCAUUACAGAAUCUAUUAAUGCUCAAGAUGUUGAAAAAGAAUUUGCUACCAAAAAACUACGUCAAGAGGCAGCAAAUCUUUUGAUGGAAGGUAAAGAAGUAGCUGAACAAACGGAAGUUAAUUUACGCGAAGGACUUGGAGAAUUACCUGUAGCAUUGAAACCGACUGUAUGUGAAGCACAUAAAACACAAUCUACUUUGGAAGGUAUUGAUGUCAAUGAAACGGUUCCUCAAGAACAAAGUGCAAUAUUUACUGAUAAAUUUAAACCUGGUAAGUGUAACGCUGAGAUUAACUUUGUAGAAGGGAAAAGUAUUACCGUGGAUCAUAUCGUAACACAAGAUAAAGAAGAAACAAUGAAUAUUCCGAAAUAUGAAGAAAAUAUGGCAAAUGUAAAAUUAACAAAAUCUGGGUUAGAUAUUGCUCAAAGAGCUCAAUUAUUUAUUGGGCAAAGUAUUGAAUUGAUUAAACCUUUUGAAAAGAUAGAAGCGGAAGCUCACGUAAAGCAAGAUGCGUUUCAAUCUAUCAUUGUCCAUGAAAUUCCAAGUGCAGAAAGUGAAGGAACUUUCGAUAAGUAUCCGAAAGUAAUAUUUAGCACAGCUAUGCCAACAUUUGAAGAAGAUCAUGGUGUGUUUAUUACGGAAAUAACAUCUGGCGAAGUCGAAGCAACAUUAGAAGAAAAGAGGCAUAAAGCAUCGCAAACAGCUGUUCGCACAAUUGUUGCCGAAGACGAUAUGAUAGAGACUACGAUGAUGGAAUCACAAAUUGAUGUACCUGAACAACCUCCUGAUUAUAUUUCAAUACCUCAAAUUGCUAAGCCGGUCCGAGAUAUGUUCGAAAGCAUUAUUAUUAACGAAAAUAUUAUUGAAGAACAUGAAAAGACUUUUAAUAAUCUUUUUAAACCUGUAACACAAAAAGCGAAUAUUGAUAUUGCGGAGAUAAAGUCAGUACAAGUUUCAGAAACAAUUGUCGAAGACAAAGAAGAUAUAUUGAAUAUCGCUUCAAAGCGAACUGAAGUCAAAGCCAUGCCAGAUAUUGAUUUAUUCCAAACUAUUGAAAGCUCUUUCGUGGAAAGUGUACAAAAUACUCAAGACCUCCAUGACCAAAUACCACUUUCCUCUCAAGCAACCAUAAUUCAAACUACGGUAGAAACAAUAGUAAGAUCAGAAACAACACCAGCCGAAAGAGAAGAUGUUUUUGAGAGCAAGCAACCCGAGGAACAAAGAGGAAAACCUCAAUUCGAAGGUCUUACGACAGUUAUAAUUACUGAGGUAGAUUCUAAUGAAAUUGAAGAUAUCUUACCUGAAGUCGUUACACCAAAACAACAUCAGGCACAAACAAACGUAACAGGAAGAGAAACCGCUGAAAUUCUUCAAAUAGUUACAUCAAAUACGACCGAAGAUUUUGCAAAACCUACUAAACUGUGUGAACAAAGAGGCAAACCAGGACUUGAAGAAUUGUCAUCCGUAACCGUUUCCGAAAUUAUUUUAAAUGAGGUUGAAAAUGUCCUAGAUAGUAAAGUUAUUCCAAAAGACUGCAAGGCAAAUUUCAAUAUUUCUAGUAGAGAAGUUGCCGAAAUAAUUCAAGUAACGGCAGUAUCUGUGCCAAAUGAAUUUACUACAGAAAAAUCUAAAGAACACAAAAUUAUUCAACAAGUUGAUGAAAUAAUUCCGCUAACUGUUUUACAAGUAAUUUCUAAUGAGGCCGAAGAAGCAUUAAUUAGCUCUGAGCUUCCAACGAUGAAAACAGCGCAAACAAAUAUGUUCGGUAGAAAUAUUGCGGAAACAAUGCAGGUCUUAACAAUGACUAAUGCCAAAGAAUUUAUUCCUGAAAAAGAAAUUGAGGAAAAGAAAGGUAAACUUAGUCUCGAAGAACUUACAACUUUAACGGUUUCACAAAUAGAAACGCAAGAAAUUGAAGAUGUCCUUGCUAGUCCCAAAAUACCAACUGAGAAAAAAGCACAAAUAAGUUUAUACGGCGUAACAGACGUAGCAGAAACUACGGAAACAACGACUAUAUCAAGUCUAGGUAAGUUCAUUGAACUUCAAAAGCCCGAAAUACAAAAAGGAAAACCGAAUCUAGAAGAAUUAUUAUCCUUAAAUGUAACGCAAACUGUAUUCAAUGAAACGGAAGCUUUAUUGCCUAGUCCAGAAAUGCCUACAAAAAAAAUAGUACAAACUAAUUUAUUUGGUAGAGAUAUAGCCGAAACAAGUCAAAUUGUAACGAUGCUGAGCACAGAAGAAUUUUCAAAACAAAUAUCACCCGAUGAGCAUAAAGGGAAAGUACAAGUAGAAGAACUAUCUUCUUUGACCAUAUCUCAAGUAUUAUCUCAUGAAACUGAAGAAAUUUUUGAAAGUUCCGGUGCACCUAGGACUGGACUGAUAGCAAUGCCUGUUAUGUCAGGUAGAGAAAUUGCUGAAACAUCCCAGGUGAUUACUGUCACAAAUGUCGAAGAACUUUCAAAAUCCAAAAGUCCAGAAAGACAAGAAGGUAAACCACGAUUGGAUGAGCUUUCUUCACUUAUGGUUUCUCAAGUUAUUUCUACCGAGGCAGAAACAGAAUUGCCGAAUUUAGAAAAAAUGGAUGAGAAAACAGCAAUACCUUGUUUUUCAGGUAGAGAAAUAGCUCAGAAAAUUGAAAUUAUAACAGCUGCAACAGUUGGACAAAUACCAGAAAUGGAAAAAAAAGAUGACCAAAAAGGAAAACCAAAUGUUGAACAAAUGAGUUCUAUUACUGUGUCUGAAGUAAUUUCAACAGAGAAAGAACAAGAAUUACAGACACACGAGACACCGAAAGAGCAAAAAGCUUUGCCAAAACUAUCCAGCAUAGAAGUGGUACAAAUGUCAGAAAUUUUGACUGUAAGUAACGUAGAAGAACUUCUAAAAUCACAAAUUCCUGAAGAACAUGUAAGCAAACCAAAUUUAGAAGAAAUAAUACCAUUAUCAAUUUUUGAAGUAGCUUAUAAUGAAGCGGAAAAAGGAUUACUCACUCCAGAAGAACCAAUUAAACAAACAGCCGAAAAAAGUAUGCUGGGUAUGCGCGUUGCCGAAAAGUCGCAAAUAUUUACGUCGUUAACUACAGAGGAGAUGAAAGAGUCUGUUAGGCCUGAGACCAAGAAAAUUAUACCUGAACAAAUACCAUUUGAAAGUAUACAACAGAUUGAAUCAAUUCUUCAUGAAAGUGAGCAUUCACUUCUCCCCGAUAAAAAAGCACCAAGUACAACGGCUGAAGUUUCAUUUCGUGUUUCUGAAGGUGUUGAAGUUACUCAAAUAACCGUUACGGAAAAAGAAACAAAAGAAAUUGUAAAAAGCUUGGAAGAAGCAACUAAACAGACGGCCGAACAGAGUAUGCUGAGCAUGCCAGUUGCAGAACAGUCUCAAGUGGUUGCAUCAUCAACAACAGAAGAAAUUAUAGAAUCUUCCAAGCCUGAAAUAAAGACAUUAAUACCGGAACAAAUACCAUUUGAAAGUAUACAGCAGAUUGAAGCAAUUCCAAAUGAAAGUGAACGUUUGCUUUUGCCAGAUAAGAAAACGCCAAGUACAACGGCCGAUAUUUCAUUUCGUGUUUCCGAAGGAAUCGAAGUUAUUGAAGUAACAUCCACGGAAAAAGAAACAAAAGAAGUCGUAAAAAGCUUCGAAGAAGCAACCAAAGAGAUAGCCGAGCAAAGCAUGCUGAGUAUGCGCGUUGCAGAACAGUCUCAAGUUGUUGUGACAUCAACAACAGAAGAGAUGAUAGAACCUGUUAAGCCUGAAAUAAAGGCAAUAACACCGGAACAAAUACCAUUUGAGAGUAUACAACAGAUCGAAUCAAUACCUCAUGAAAGCGAACAUUUACUUCUGCCUGAUAAGAAGAUACAAAGUACAAUGGCUGAUAUUUCAUUUCGUGUUUCUGAAGGCAUCGAAGUUAUUCAAGUAACUGCUACGGAAAAGGAAACAAAAAAAGUCGUAGAAAACCUAGAAGAAGCACUUAAACAGACAGCCGAACAAAGUAUGCUAAGUAUGCCAGUUGCAGAACAAUCUCAAGUAGUUGUAUCGUCAAUAACGGAAAAAAUGAUAGAAUCUAUUAAGCCUGAGACAAAGAAAAUUAUACCUGAACAAAUACCAUUUGAGAGUAUACAACAAAUUGAAUCAAUUCUUCAUGAAAGCGAGCAUUCACUUCUCCCCAGUAAAAAAGCACCAAGUACAACAGCUGAAGUUUCAUACCGCGUUUCCGAAGGUAUUGAAGUUACUCAAGUAACCGUUACGGAAAAAGAAACAAAAGAAAUUGUAAAAAACUUGGAAGAAGUAAUUAAACAGACAGCCGAACAGAGUAUGCUGACCAUGCCAGUUGCAGAACAGUCUCAGGUGGUUACAUCAUCGACAACAGAAGAAAUUAUAGAAUCUUCCAAACCUGAAAUAAAGACAUUAAUACCGGAACAAAUACCAUUUGAAAGUGUACAACAGAUCGAAUCAAUUCCUCAUGAAAGCGAAAGUUCAUUUAUUGCAGAUAAAAGUUUAAAAAGUACAACAGCCGAAGUUUCAUUUUGCGUUUCUGAAGGCGUUGAAGUGGUUCAAGUAAUAGCUACAGAGAAGGAAAAAAAAGAAAUUGUAAAAGACAUAGAUGACACAAUUAAACAGACUGCCGAACAGAAUAUACUGAGUAUGCGUGUUGCAGAGCAAUCUCAAGUAGUUACAUCGUCAACAACAGAAGAAAUGAUACAGUCUACUAAACCGAAGUUAAAGAAAAUAAUACCGGAACAAAUACCGUUUGAGAGUAUACAGCAGAUCGAAUCAAUCCCUCAUGAAAGCGAAUAUCAACUUAUCCAAGAUAAGAUAAUACCGAGUACAACGGCUGAUGUUUCAUUCCGUGUUUCCGAAGGAGUUGAAGUUAUUGAAGUAACUACUACGGAGAAAGAAACAAAGGAGAUUCUAACAACUCUGGAAGAAGAAAUGAAGCAGAAAGUCGAGCUAAAACUGCAAAGCAUUCAUGUUGCAGAACAGUCGCAAGUAGUUGCGUCAUCAACAACAGAAGAGAUGAUAGAGACCGUUCAGCCUGAAAUAAAAAAGAUAAUACCGGAACAAAUACCGUUAGAGAGUAUACAACAGACUGAAUCAAUUCUACAUGAAAGCGAAAGUUUACUUCUUCCAGAUAAAAAGGCACCGAUUACAACCGCUGAUAUUUCAUUCUGCAUUUCUGAAGGAGUCGAAGUUACUGAAGUAACUACGACGGAGAAAGAAACAAAGGAAAUCAUAAAAAGCGCCAAAGAAGCAAUGAAACAAACAGCCGAACAGAGCAUGUUAAGUAUGCCUGUUGUUGAACAAUCGCAAGUGGUUACAUCAGCAACAACAGAAGAUAUAAUAGAGUUUGUUAAGCCGGAGAUAAAACAAAUAAUACCUGAACAAAUACCAUUUGAAGGUAUACAACAAAUUCAGUCAAUUCCUCAUGAAAGUGAAUGUUUACUUCUUCCAGAUAAAAAGAUACCAAUUACAACGGCCGAUAUUUCAUUUCGUUUUUCUGAAGGAGUAGAAGUUAUUCAAGUAACUGCUACAGAAAAGGAAACAAAAGACGUUAUAAAAAUCUUAGAAAAAGCAACCAUACAAACAGCCGAUCAGAACAUUCUUAGUAUGCCUGUUGUAGAACAGUCACAAGUGGUUACAUCGUCAACAACGGAAGAAAUGGUAGAACCUAUCAAGCCUGAAAUAAAAAGACUAAUACCGGAACAAAUACUGUUUGAGAGUGUACAACAGAUCGAAUCAAUACCUCAUGAAAGCGAACGUUUACUUCUCCCCAAUCAAAAGACACCAAGUACAAGAGCCGAAGUUUCAUUUCGUGUUUCUGAAGGUGUUGAAGUUACUCAAAUAACCGUUACGGAAAAAGAAACAAAAGAAAUUGUAAAAAGCUUGGAAGAAGCAACUAAACAGACAGCUGAACAAAGCAUGCAAAGUAUGCCUGUUGUAGAACAGUCACAAGUGAUUACAUCUUUAACAACAGAAAAUAUGACAGAACCUGUCAAGCCUAAGUUAAAGAAGUUAAUACCUGAACAAAUACCAUUUGAGAGUAUACAACAGAUUGAAGCAAUUCCAAAUGAAAGAGAACGUUUACUUUUACCAGAUAAGAAAACAUUAAGUUCAACGGCCGAUGUUUCAUUCAGCGUUUCCGAAGGAGUUGAAAUUAUUCAAGUAACUGCCUCAGAAGAAGAAAUAAAAGAAGUUGUUAAAAGCUUUGAAGAAGAAACCAAACAGACAGCCGAGCAGAGCAUGCUUAGUAUGCCAGUUGCACAAAAAUCCCAAAUAGUUGCAUCAUCAACAACAGAAGAAAUUAUAGAAUCUGCCAAGCCUGAGGAAAAGAAAAUUAUUCCACAACAAAUACCAUUCGAAAGUGUAUUACAAAUUGAAUCAUUUCCUCAAGAAAGAGAACGUUCACUUACUCCUGACAAAAGGAGAACAAGUGCAACGGCUGAAGUUUCAUUCCGUAUUUCCGAAAGCGUAGAAGUUAUCCAAAUAACUGCUAAUGAGGGAGAAACUAAAGUAGCCGCAGAAAGUUUAACAGAACCACUUAAACAGAUAGCAGAACAAAAUAUGUUAAGCAUGACCGUUGCUGAAAAAUCUUACGUAAUUGCGUCAUCAACAACGGAGGAAAUAACGGAAUUUAUUGAACCUGAUGUAAAGAAAAUAACACCAAAACAAAUACCGUUUGAAGGUAUACAACAGAUGGAACCGAUUACACACGAAAGUGAAGAUAACUUUGUCGCUGAAAAAGCAGCAACAACCGCAACAGCAGAAGUUUUAUUCCGUACUUCCGAAAGUCUUGAAGUUAUACAAGUAACUGCUACAGAAAAAGAAGCAAAGGAAAUCAUCAAAGGAGUCGCUAAAGAAGUAAACGCGCAAGCAGACGUAAUUGAACAAAAAGUUGCUUUGAAAACUGAAAUUCUUCCAGAAAAUGUAGUAUCAGAAUUCAAGGUUCCAAAACCAGAAAGCAAAACAGCUCAUAGAAUAAAAGAUGAAAAACAAGGUGUAAUAGUUACUGAAUUGCAACACGUUACCGAAAUAGAAUCAAAUUUGCCUGAACCCGUCAUACCGGUAGUACCAAAGUUUGCAAGCACAUCUAGCGAAGCUGACUACUUGGAAAAAAUUAUAGAAAAUACAGAAGCAUCAAAGCCACAUUACAUCACAAUCACACAACACACUUUAAUACACGAAACAACACAACAACCGAAAAAUGAUUCAGAUACUGAAGUAACUGAAGAAUAUACAACAAAAUUUAGAAAAGACAGUAAAGAAAAUGAAACAGCAGCAAUUAAGACAAAGAAAACGACAAUUCGAAAAAAGAAACCUAAAACUAACUCAGAACAAGAAAAAGUAGUAGUGAUCGAAGAAGAAAUCGAAGACAUAAAAUCCCAAGUGCCAUCAAUACCAAAAAAAUCAUUUAUGCCAAUCGAAGAGGUAACAGAAGAAAUUGGAAUAGAAGAAAUAAUACCGACAAAAAUAGAAGAAUUGGAAGAAGAAUUUCCAAUAAAACAUCCCAUAUUUGAAAAUGCUAAUGAAGAAGAAGAAAUAAAAAUUCAAAAAACUGGACAUGAAAAAAAAGAUGAAAGUAAACCAAAACGAAUCAAUAAGAAGAAGGACACCAAAAGUGAAGAACAAAAGCAGCAAGUGCCUGAAAAAUUAACUAUGGAAGAAAAGAGCCAGAAGCUCGUAAAAACAAUUACGGAGGAUCAAGAAGAAAAAAUUAUCAAAGAGACUGUGCUUUCUAUGCUACAACCACAACAAGCAAAGCCCAUCGAACAUGAGAAAAUAAGAGAACAAAUUACUGUGACAGAGGAAAUAGUGGAAGGAAAGAAACCGAAAAAAGUCACAAAAAAGAAAAUAAUCAAACGUAAGGGACAGAAACAACAGGUGACCGAAGAAGUAACAGUGGAAGAAAAGGGUAAGAAACCAGUAACAACAAUCACGGAGGGUCCAGAAGAACAAAUUGUCGAAGAGACUGUGUAUCCCGUUUCAAAAGUUGAACAAGUAAAGCCAACUGAACAUAAGGAAAUAAGGGAACAAAUUAUUGUGACUGAGGAAAUAGUGGAAGGAAAGAAACCUAAAAAAGUCACUAAAAAGAAAAUCAUCAUACGUAAGGGACAAAAACAACAGGUAACCGAAGAAACAACAGUGGAAGAAAAGGGUGAGAAACCAGUAACAAUAAUCACGGAGGGUCCAGAGGAAGAAAUUGUCAAAGAAUCUGUGCUUCCUAUUCCACAAACAGAACAAGCAAAGCCCAUCGAACAUGAGGAAAUAAGAGAACAAACCACUGUGACUGAGGAAAUUGUGGAAGGAAAGAAACCAAAGAAAGUCACGAAGAAGAAAAUCAUUAAACGUAAGGGACAGAAGCAACAGGUGACCGAAGAAGUAACAGUGGAAGAAAAGGGUGAAAAACCUGUAACAACAAUCACAGAGGGUUCAGAAGAAGAAAUUGUCGAAGAAACUGUGUUUCCUUUGCCACAACAAGAACAAGCAAAGCCCAUCGAACAUGAGGAAGUAAAAGAACAAAUUACUGUGACUGAGGAAAUAGUGGAAGGAAAGAAACCAAAGGAAAUCACAAAGAAGAAAGUCAUCAAACGUAAGGGACAGAAAAAACAGGUGACCGAAGAAAUAACAGUGGAAGAAAAGGGUAAGAAACCUGUAACAACAAUCAGGGAAGGUCCAGAGGAAGAAAUUGUCGAAGAGACUGUGCUUCCAAUGCCACAACCAGAACAAGCGAUGCCCAUCGAACAUAAAGAAAUAAGGGAACAAAUUACUGUGACUGAAGAAAUUGUGGAAGGAGAGAAACCAAAGAAAGUCACAAAGAAGAAAAUCAUUAAACGUAAGGGACAGAAGCAACAGGUGACCGAAGAAGUAACAGUGGAAGAAAAGGGUGAAAAACCUGUAACAACAAUCACAGAGGGUUCAGAAGAAGAAAUUGUCGAAGAAACUGUGUUUCCUUUGCCACAACAAGAACAAGCAAAGCCCAUCGAACAUGAGGAAGUAAAAGAACAAAUUACUGUGACUGAGGAAAUAGUGGAAGGAAAGAAACCAAAGGAAAUCACAAAGAAGAAAGUCAUCAAACGUAAGGGACAGAAAAAACAGGUGACCGAAGAAAUAACAGGGGAAGAAAAGGGUGAGAAACCUGUAACAACAAUCAGGGAAGGUCCAGAGGAAGAAAUUGUCGAAGAGACUGUGCUUCCAAUGCCAGAACCAGAACAAGCGAUGCCCAUGGAACAUAAAGAAAUAAGGGAACAAAUUACUGUGACUGAAGAAAUUGUGGAAGGAGAGAAACCAAAGAAAGUCACAAAGAAGAAAAUCAUUAAACGUAAGGGACAGAAACAACAGGUGACCGAAGAAGCAACAGUGGAAGAAAGGGGUGAAAUACCUGUAACAACAAUCACGGAGGGUCCAGAGGAAGAAAUUGUCGAAGAGACCGUGCUUCCAAUGCCACAACCAGAACAAACAAAGCCCAUCGAACAUGAGGAAAUAAGAGAGCAAAUUACUGGGACUGAAGAAAUUCUGGAAGAAAAGAAACCAAAGGAAGUUACAAAGAAAAAAGUCAUUAAACGUAAGGGACGAAAACUGCAAGUGACCGAAGAAGUAACUGUAGAAGAAAAGGGAGAGGUACCUGAAACAACAAUCACGGAAGUUCCAGAAGAAGAAAUUGUUGAAGAGACUGUGCAUACUAUUCAACAUUUUGAAAAAGUGCAGCCCAUCGAACAUGAGGAAAUAAAAGAGCUGGUCACUGUAAUUGAGGAAACUGUGGAAGGAAAGAUACCAAAAAGAAUAACAAAGAAGAAAGUCAUCAAACGUAAAGGACAGAAACAGCAAGUGAUUGAAGAAGUAACUGUGGACGAAAAGGGUAAGAAACCUGUAACAACAAUCACAGAGGGUCCAGAGGAAGAAAUUGUCGAAGAAUCUGUGUUUCCUGAGCCACAACCAGAACAAACAAAGCACGUCAAACAUGAGGAAAUAAGAGAACAAAUUACUGUAACUGAAGAAAUAGUGGAAGGAAAGAAACCAAAGAAAGUCACGAAGAAGAAAAUCAUUAAACGUAAGGGACAGAAACAACAGGUGACCGAAGAAGUAACAGUGGAAGAAAAGGGGGAGAAACCUGUAACAACAAUCACGGAGGGUCCAGAGGAAGAAAUUGUCAAAGAGACUGUGUUUCUUAUGCCACAACCAGAACAAGCAAAGCCCAUCGAACAUGAGGAAAUAAAAGAACAAAUUACUGUGAAUGAAGAAAUAGUGGAAGGAAAGAAACCUAUAAAAGUGACGAAAAAACAAAUCAUCAAACGUAAGGGACAGAAACAACAGGUGACUGAAGAAGUAACUGUGGAAGAAAAAGGUGAGAAACCUGUAACAACAAUCACGGAGGGUCCAGAGGAAGAAAUUGUCGAAGAGACUAUAUUUACUAUUCCACAUUAUGAAAAAGUGCAGCCCAUCGAACAUGAGGAAAUAAAAGAGCUGGUCACUGUAAUUGAGGAAACUGUGGAAGGAAAGAUACCAAAACGAAUAACAAAGAAAAAAGUCAUCAAACGUAAAGGACAGAAACAGCAAGUGAUUGAAGAAGUAACUGUGGAAGAAAAAGGUAAGAAACCUGUAACAACAAUCACAGAGGGUCCAGUGGAAGAAAUUGUCGAAGAGACUGUGCUUCCAAUGCCGCAACCAGAACAAGCGAUGCCCAUCGAACACGAAGAAAUAAAGGAACAAAUUACUGUGACUGAAGAAAUUGUGGAAGGUAGGAAACCAAAGAAAGUCACGAAGAAGAAAAUCAUUAAACUUAAGGGACAAAAACAGCAAGUGACCGAAGAAGUAACUGUAGAAGAAGAGGGAGAGAUACCUGUAACAACAAUCACGGAAUUUCCAGAGGAAGAAAUUGUUGAAGAAACUGUGCUUACUAUUCCACAUUAUGAAAAAGUGCAGCCCAUCGAACAUGAAGAAAUAAGGGAACAAAUUACUGUGACUGAGGAAACUGUGGAAGGAAAGACCAAGAAAGUCACAAAGAAGAAAAUCAUUAAACGUAAGGGACAGAAACAACAGGUGACCGAAGAAGUAACAGUGGAAGAAAAGGGUGAGAAACCUGUAACAACAAUCACGGAGGGUCCAGAGGAAGAAAUUGUUGAAGAAACUGUGUUUCCUAUACCUCAACCAGAGCAAGCAAAGCCCAUCGAACAUGAAGAAAUAAAGGAACAAAUUACUGUGACUGAGGAAAUUGUCGAAGGAAAGAAACCAAAGAAAGUCACAAAGAAGAAAAUCAUUAAACGUAAGGGACAGAAACAACAGGUGACCGAAGAAGUAACAGUGGAAGAAAAGGGUGAGAAACCUGUAACAACAAUCACGGAGGGUCCAGAGGAAGAAAAUGUUGAAUUAACUGUGCUUCCUAUACUUCAACCAGAACAAGCAAAGCCCAUCGAACAUGAAGAAAUAAGGGAACAAAUUACUGUGACUGAGGAAAUUGUAGAAGGAAAGAAACCAAAGAAAGUCACAAAGAAGAAAAUCAUUAAACGUAAGGGACAGAAACAACAGGUGACCGAAGAAGUAACAGUGGAAGAAAAGGGAGAGAAACCUGUAACAACAAUCACGGAGGGUCCAGAGGAAGAAAUUGUUGAAGAAACUGUGCUUCCUAUACUUCAACCAGAACAAGCAAAGCCCAUCGAACAUGAAGAAAUAAGGGAACAAAUUACUGUGACUGAGGAAAUUGUAGAAGGAAAGAAACCAAAGAAAGUCACAAAGAAGAAAAUCAUUAAACGUAAGGGACAGAAACAACAGGUGACCGAAGAAGUAACAGUGGAAGAAAAGGGAGAGAAACCUGUAACAACAAUCACGGAGGGUCCAGAGGAAGAAAUUGUUGAAGAAACUGUGCUUCCUAUACCUCAACCAGAACAAGCAGGGCCCAUCGAACAUGAAGAAAUAAAGGAACAAAUUACUGUGACUGAGGAAAUUAUAGAAGGAAAGAUACCAAAGAAAGUCACAAAGAAGAAAAUCAUUAAACGUAAGGGACAGAAACAACAGGUGACCGAAGAAGUAACAGUGGAAGAAAAGGGUGAGAAACCUGUAACAACAAUCACGGAGGGUCCAGAGGAAGAAAUUGUUGAAGGAACUGUGCUUCCUGUACCUCAACCAGAACAAGCAAAGCCCAUCGAACAUGAAGAAAUAAGGGAACAAAUUACUGUGACUGAGGAAACUGUAGAAGGAAAGAAACCACAGAAAGUCACAAAGAAGAAAAUCAUUAAACGUAAGGGACAGAAACAACAAGUGACCGAAGAAGUAACAGUGGAAGAAAAGGGUGAGAAGCCUGUAACAACAAUCACGGAGGGUCCAGAGGAAGAAAUUGUUGAAGAAACUGUGCUUCCUAUACCUCAACCAGAACAAGCAAAGCCCAUCGAACAUGAAGAAAUAAGGGAACAAAUUACUGUGACUGAGGAAAUUGUAGAAGGAAAGAAACCAAAGAAAGUCACAAAGAAGGAAAUCAUUAAACGUAAGGGACAGAAACAACAGGUGACCGAAGAAGUAACAGUGGAAGAAAAGGGUGAGAAACCUGUAACAACAAUCACGGAGGGUCCAGAGGAAGAAAUUGUUGAAGAAACUGUGCUUCCUAUACCACAACCAGAACAAGCAAAGCCCAUCGAACAUGAAGAAAUAAGGGAACAAAUUACUGUGACUGAAGAAAUUGUAGAAGGAAAGAAACCAAAGAAAGUCACAAAGAAGAAAAUCAUUAAACGUAAGGGACAGAAACAACAAGUGACCGAAGAAUUAACAGUGGAAGAAAAGGGUGAGAAACCUGUAACAACAAUCACGGAGGGUCCAGAGGAAGAAAUUGUUGAAGAAACUGUGCUUCCUAUACCUCAACCAGAACAAGCAAAACCCAUCGAACAUGAAGAAAUAAGGGAACAAAUUACUGUGACUGAGGAAAUUGUAGAAGGAAAGAAACCAAAGAAAGUCACAAAGAAGGAAAUCAUUAAACGUAAGGGACAGAAACAACAGGUGACCGAAGAAGUAACAGUGGAAGAAAAGGGUGAGAAACCUGUAACAACAAUCACGGAGGGUCCAGAGGAAGAAAUUGUUGAAGAAACUGUGCUUCCUAUACCUCAACCAGAACAAGCAAAGCCCAUCGAACAUGAAGAAAUAAGGGAACAAAUUACUGUGACUGAGGAAAUUGUAGAAGGAAAGAAACCAAAGAAAGUCACAAAGAAGGAAAUCAUUAAACGUAAGGGACAGAAACAACAGGUGACCGAAGAAGUAGCAGUGGAAGAAAAGGGUGAGAAACCUGUAACAACAAUCACGGAGGGUCCAGAGGAAGAAAUUGUUGAAGAAACUGUGCUUCCUAUACCUCAACCAGAACAAGCAAAGCACAUCGAACAUGAAGAAAUAAGGGAACAAAUUACUGUGACUGAAGAAAUUGUAGAAGGAAAGAAACCAAAGAAAGUCACAAAGAAGAAAAUCAUUAAACGUAAGGGACAGAAACAACAGGUGACCGAAGAAGUAACAGUGGAAGAAAAGGGUGAGAAACCUGUAACAACAAUCACGGAGGGUCCAGAGGAAGAAAUUGUUGAAGAAACUGUGCUUUCUAUACCUCAACCAGAACAAGCAAAGCCCAUCGAACAUGAAGAAAUAAGGGAACAAAUUACUGUGACUGAGGAAAUUGUGAAAGGAAAGAAACCAAAGAAAAUCACAAAGAAGAAAGUUAUCAAACGUAAAGGACAGAAACAGCAGGUUACCGAAGAAGUAACUGUAGAAGAAAAGGGUGAGAAACCUGUUACAGUAAUCACGGAGGGUCCAGAGGAAGAAAUUGUCAAUGAGGCUGUGCUGCUUGUUUCACAACCGGAACAGGUAAAGCCCAUCGAACCUGAGGAAAUAGAAGAGAGUGUCACUGUUACUGAGGAAAUUGUAGAAGAAGAGAAGCCAAAGAGAAUCACAAAGAAGACGGUCAUCAAACGAAAGGGACAGAAGCAGCAGGUCACCGAAGAAGUAACUGUUGAAGGAAAGGAUGAGAAACCUGUAACAACAAUCACGAAAUUUCCAGAGGAAGAAAUUGUCGAAAAGACUAAGCUUCCAAUGCCACAACCAGAACAAGCAAAGCCCAUCGAACAUGAGGAAAUAAGAGAGCAAAUUACUGUGACUGAAGAAAUUGUAGAAGAAAAGAAACCUAAGGAAGUUACAAAGAAAAAAGUCAUUAAACAUAAAGGACAGAAACUGCAAGUGACCGAAGAAGUAACAGUAGAGGAAAAAGAUCAAACUCCUGUAACAACAAUCACAGAAAGUCCAGUAGAAAAUAUUAUUGAAGAGACAGCAUUGUUACCUUUGCAUUUUCAAGAAAAAGAAGUAACUGGCGAUGUUUGUGUGACUGAUUUACUUGGCGCAAUAAAAAAAUUGCCGUUAACGAAUGUCGUUGAAGAUGAAAUAGCUGUUCGAUUUUCUACCGAAAAACGUACUGUUGGUUACGAAAUUGAAGGGGGGCAUGACGCAAGAACCACAAAUGGUCUCCACACUACACCAGAAAUACACGAUAAACUUAAUCAUGAUGGAUUAGUAAAUUAUAAAGUCAAUAAUAUGAUUAUAAGGGGUACGAAAGAAGAAUCAAUGUACCAGCAGGAAUCAAUUAAUGAAGUUCCAGAAGAAACUGUUGAAGACAUUGUGACACAUGGCGCAGAGCUUCAAAAAGCUCAACUUCAAUUAGAUAAAGAAGAGUCAGUUGAAAUUAUGAAAAUUGAUAUCAAAGAAGCGCCAAUAGAAAAAGAAGAAGUUUCUAUUAUCGAAGAAAAAGAUAGGACUGAAAAACCAAUACAGAAGGAUAUUAAGACAAAGAAAAUGUUAAAGAAAAAGAUUAAAGACAAAGAAGUUAAGAAAAUACCUGUAAAACCAGAGGAAGUUAUAGAAAUGCCAUCCAAAAAAGUAAUAGAAGUUGUCGAAACACCUACAACAGAAAUUAUUGAAAGAAAAAAAUUAACAACAAAAUCUGUAAAAUCUCAUGAAGAUAAUAUACCUGAAGAUGUUAUUGAAGAAAUUGUUUUAGAAAAACCAGAAAUGGAACAAGCUCAAACUAUAUUCUCACCUAGAGAAAGUAUCGAAGUUACGCAAAUUUUAACCGAGUCAUCUGUUACUAAAUUCACUGAAGAUAAAAUUGAACCAAAAGAAAUUGCGGUAUCUGAAAUUAAAGAAGAAGAAAAAGCAUUAAAGACAAUUUUACAGGAAGAAACUAAUACGGUCCCUGUGCAAGAAAAAAUUACUAUCGAGACUACAAAGGAAAUAAUCCAUGAAAAACCAAAAGAAGAAGAAAUAAAAUUGACUGUUGUAACAAAAGAAGGAUUGAAAGUUACAGAAACAAUUUCAGACACUCUUAUUGAGGAUCUUCUUGUAAAGACCAAACCGAUAGAAGAAAGAGUACUACCAAUCAAAGAAGAAGAGCCACAAAUUAAAGUAAAAGAAGUCACAAUACGAAAAGCACCGAAAAAAAUUAAACCAGUACAUGCAAAUAAACAACAAGUUGAAGGAGAAUUGGUCACAGAUAUCAUAUUAGAAAAGCCAAUACAAGAAAAAGCAGAAAAAAUAAUCAUGCCAAAUGAGGAAAUAGAAACUACAGAGGUUAUUUCCGAAAUUACAACCAAUGAACUUGAUAAAAAUAAAAUACCACAAGGAGAGCAAAUUAUACCUAUAGAAGAAACAGACAAAAGUAUAAAAUCAACAGAAUUAAUCGUAAAAAAGAUGCCACUUGUUAAGAAAAGACCUAUGGAGUUGAAAGAAGACCAACCAGAGGAAGUUGUAAAAGAUAUAAAAAUGGAGAAACCUAAGAAGGAAAAGGCAAAACAAGACGUACGUUUGCAGGAAAGUGUCGAAAUUUCAGAAAUAAUAACAGAAACAGUACCUGAAGAUUUCGUAACGGAAAAAAAGUUUAUUGAAAAGGAAGCAAAAUCAGAUAUUGUGCCAAUAGAAACUAUGGAAGCUACUGAGAUUACUCAUAUUGUAGCAGAUAGUAAAAUACCAGAAAAAGAAGAUGUAAUACGUUCUAAAGUUGAUAUUAAAGAAGAAAAAGAAAAACAAAUAACUCCUGUUAAAAAAGAAGUAACUGAAGAGAAAAAACAAACAGAAAAAAUAAUGGAAGAAGUAAUCUCUGUUAGACCUAAAAUAGAACAAACAAAAAUAGAUGAAGUUCCAGUAAAACCUCUCGAAGAAGUGGCAAAAAUAAUUCUGGAAGAUAAAGUAGAAGAUACUUUAAAAGAAAAAGAAUCUGAAGACGAAUUAAAGGAAAUAGAUACAAUACAUCCCGAAAAAAUAAAGGAAUUUGAAAAAUCAAAAGAAGAAAUUAUACCUACUUUAGAAGAAGAACUUGUGGAACCUAAAUCUACCAAAGAAAAAAUAAAAGAAAAGAAAAUUACGAAGAAAAAGAAAAUAAAGCCUGUCAAAAAAGAUGAUACAGAAGAAUGGAUAGAGCCCGAGUAUGAAAGGCCUGUACUAGAACCGUUGCCUGAAAAAAUUCAAUGGGAACCAACAAAAAAGAAAAAGGAAAAGAAAACAUUACAUGAAUCUAAACAAAAACUGAUUCCACAGAAGAUUGAAAGAAAAGAAAUCAAACCUACAAAAUUAAAAUAUAUUGAACCAAUUCAAGAAACAAUGCACUUUAGUACAAUUAAAUUAAAAAAAGUACCAGUUGUUAAAAAACAGGCAAUAAUUGAACCACAAUUCCCUAAAAUUAUGUUACGAAGUAGAAUAGCAUUUAUAGGUGAUUAUCCGGCAGAAUUACAGAUGCCAAAAAUUACAUAUAUGGAAAAGAAUCUAAUACAAACUGGCAUUUUAUCUAGAAAUACAGAAGAAGCAUUAGAAAUUAUAAAGAAAAAGUAUAAAAAGCCUAAAAUUUCAGAAAAAGAUUUAAUUGAAUUAGAAAAAUUAGAUAAAGAGUUCGAAGAAUUAAAGAAAGUUCCUUUAGAACAAAUAGAAGAUAAAUCUAUUUACGAACGUACACCAAAAAAAUCUCAAAAAAUAUUCGAAAAACCACAAAAACUUAUUAUUGGAAAAGGUGAAAUAAAACAAGAAGAUGAAAUUGUACAAGAAGAAGUAAAACUAAAGAAAAUAUCGGUAAAGAAACCAGAAGAAACAACAAAAGAUAUAACAAAACCUAAAAAAGAAGAACCUAUAGAAGAAACAUUUCAAAAAAAAGAAGAUAAACUUAAACAAACAUUAACAUCUGAUGAAUUUAAACCAACAGAAUUUGAUAGACCAGAAGUUGAAAAAUAUAUUCCGGAAGAAUUUGAAAUGCCAAAGAAACCAGAAAUUGAACCUGUCUCAAAACCAUACGAACCAUCAAAGAAAAAGAAACCGGAGCAAGAUGUUGAGCAAAUACCUCUAAUAAAAGGAAUACCAAAGCCACAGGAAACUGAAGAAGAACCCGAAGUUAAAUUUCGAAUACCAACUUCCGAAAAACCAAAAGAUGAGCCUGAAGAAAUAAUUUUAAAAGGCUGGAAGAAAGAUAAACCUGAAGAAAAAGUCUCAGAAGAAUAUCCAAUUAAAGAAAAAGACAUUACUCCAAUGCCAAAAGAAAUUAUUGACGAAGUUGUAAAACAGGAGAAAAAAUCAAAAAAGAUCAAAGACAAACAAGAUAAAAUUAUAAAAGAAAAACCAAAGGAAAAGUUAGUUACUGAGGAAGAAAAGAAACCAGUUUCACAAGAGGAAGUCAUCGAUGAAGAAACGAUUGAAGAACCAAUUGUCAAAGAGAAAAAAGAAGAAGUAAAAGAAAGUGAAAAAGUUACAUUGAAAAAGAAACCAAAGAAAAAGCCGAUUAUUGAGGAACCUGACACCAAAAUUAUUGUAAAGAAACCCGUCCCAGAGAAAGAACAUGUACCGGAAGAAAGCUCUGAAAAAGUGAUACUAAAGAAACCGAAAGUAGAGUCUCUCCAGGAAGAAGUAGCCGAUGUUACGAUUAAAAAACCUGUUGUCGAGGAAAUAAAACAAAUCACUGAAGACGUUACUUUAAAAAAGAAAUCAAAGAAAAAGCCCGUUACCGAGGAAUUUACUACUGAAGCAAUUCUAAAGAAAUCCGUUCCAAAAGAAAAAGAAGUGCCGGAAGAAAUCUCUGAAGAAGUAAUACUAAAAAAACCCAAAAAAGAGUCUCUCAAGGAAGAAGUCGCCGACGAAAUUAUAAUUAAAAAACCGGUUAUCGAAGAAAGAAAAGAAGAUAUCAAAGAAAUUACUGAAGAAGUUACGUUGAAAAAGAAACCAAAGGAAAAGCCUGUUACCGAGGAACUUGUAGCUGAAGCAACAAUAAAAAAACCUGUUCCAAAAGAAGAAGAACAAGUACCGGAAGAAAUCUCUGAAGUAUUAAUACUAAAAAAACCCAAAAGAGAGUCUCUCAAGGAAGAAGUCGCCGACGAAAUUACAAUUAAACAACCGGUUAUCGAAGAAAGAAAAGAAGAUGUCAAAGAAAUUACUGAAGAAGUUACGUUGAAAAAGAAACCAAAGAAAAAGCCUGUUACCGAGGAACUUGUAGCUGAAGCAACUGUAAAAAAACCUGUUCCAAAAGAAAAACAAGUACCGGAAGAAAUCUCUGAAGAAUUAAUACCAAGAAAACCCAAAAGAGAGUCUCUCAAGGAAGAAGUCGCCGACGAAAUUACAAUUAAAAAGCCGGUUAUCGAAGAAAGAAAAGAAGAUAUAAAAGAAAUCACUGAAGAAGUUAUGUUGAAGAAAAAACCAAAGAAAAAACCCGUUACCGAAGAACUUGCAGCUGAAGCAACUGUAAAGAAACCCGUUCCUAAAGAAGAAGAACAAGUGCCGGAAGAAGUCUCUGAAAAAGUGGUACUAAAGAAACCCAAAAGAGAAUCUCUUAAGGAAGAAGUCGCCGAUGAAGUUACAAUUAAAAAACCGGUUAUCGAAGAAAGAAAAGAAGAUGUAAAAGAAGUCACUGAAGAAGUUACAUUGAAGAAGAAACCAAAGAAAAAGCCUGUUACCGAGGAACUUGCAGCUGAAGCAACUGUAAAGAAACCCAUUCCUAAAAAAGAAGAACAAGUGCCGGAAGAAGUCUCUGAAAAGGUGGUACUAAAGAAACCCAAAAGAGAGUCUCUUAAGGAAGAAGUCGCCGAUGAAGUUACAAUUAAAAAACCGGUUAUCGAAGAAAGAAAAGAAGAUGUAAAAGAAGUCACUGAAGAAGUUACGUUGAAGAAGAAACCAAAGACAAAGCCUGUUACCGAGGAACUUGCAGCUGAAGCAAUUGUAAAGAAACCCAUUCUUAAAGAAGAAGAACAAGUGCCGGAAGAAGUCUCUGAAAAAGUGGUACUAAAGAAACCCAAAAGAGAGUCUCUUAAGGAAGAAGUCGCCGAUGAAGUUACAAUUAAAAAACCGGUUAUCGAAGAAAGAAAAGAAGAUGUAAAAGAAGUCACUGAAGAAGUUACGUUGAAGAAAAAACUAAAGAAAAAGCCCGUUACCGAGGAACUUGCAGCUGAAGCAACUGUAAAGAAACCCAUUCCUAAAGAAAAAGAACAAGUGCCAGAAGAAGUCUCUGAAAAAGUGGUACUAAAGAAACCCAAAAGAGAAUCUCUUAAGGAAGAAGUCGCCGAUGAAGUUACAAUUAAAAAAACAGUUAUUGAAGAAAGAAAAGAAGAUGUAAAAGAAGUUACUGAAGAAGUUACGUUGAAGAAGAAACCAAAGAAAAAGCCUGUUAUCGAGGAACUUGCUGCUGAAGCAACUCUAAAGAAACCCAUUCCUAAAGAAGAAGAGCAAGUGCCGGAAGAAGUCUCUGAAAAAGUGGUACUAAAGAAACCCAAAAAAGAAUCUCUUAAAGAAGAAGUCGCCGAUGAAGUUACAAUAAAAAAACCAGUUAUCGAAGAAAGAAAAGAUGUAAAAGAAAUCACUGAAGAAGUUACGUUGAAAAAGAAAUCGAAGAAAAAGCCUGUUACUGAGGAGUUUGCCGCUGAAGCAACUGUAAAGAAACCUGUUUCAAAAGAAGAAGAACAAGAGCCAGAAGAAGUCUCUGAAAAAGUGAUACUGAAGAAACCCAAAAAAGAGUUUCUCCAAGAAGAAGUUGCCGACGAAGUUACAAUUAAAAAACCAAUUUUAGAGGAGAAAAUUGAAGAUGAUGCUGAAGAAGUUACUUUGAAAUCUAAACCAAGAAAAAAAAUAAUCAAAAUGGAAGAAAUAUCAGAAGUGACUAUUGCAAAACCUAUAGAAGACCAGAAAGUAGUAAAAGAAAUUACAGAAGCAACUAUGGAUGUAUUUUUAAAAGAGAAAACGUCAAUCCCAAAAAGUGAAGAUGUAAUUACGGAAGAAUUAACUAUUCGAAAAAUGGACGUAGUAGAACAACCUGAAGAAGUAAUCGAAGAAUUUACUUUAAAACGCAAGCCACCAAAGAAAGCACCGAAACCAAUUGAACCAAUUGAAGAAAUUUAUGAAGAUAUUACUUUACGUAAAUUACGACCAAAGAAAAAAUCUAGAACGGAUAUCAAAGAAGUUACUGAAGUGGAGAAUGUAACAUUUAGGCCACGUUCUACAAAGACAAAAGAGGAUGUAGAACAAGAAUUUAAAAUCUCAUUAAAUACAUAUGAAGAAGAAGAUAUUUCUAUGUCCGGUAAAGUGCGUUUAAAACCAAAAAGACGACCACUUACAUAUUCUGAAGAAACUGGAGAAGAAACGAUCAAAAUUAUUCAAGAAAUCGAAGAUAAUUCUGGCCCCUUUAUCGAAGAAAUCAUUGAUGAAUCAGAAGAAGAAAGUAAAGAAGAUUAUAGCAUCGAAAAUCUUGAUGUCGAUGAAAUGAAUAUACCAUUGAGACGAAAGAAAAAGAAACAAAAAAUUCCAUACACUGUAGAAGAAAUUGAAGAAGAUGAUGUUAAGCUGCAAUUGAAGCGAGAUAGAAAAUAUUCAUAUGAGGAAACCGAUGCUGAAUCUCUGGCGCUGAAAUUGAAGAGCAAGAGACGUAUUUCCACAUUCGAAGAAGAAGCUUCUCUCAGUAUUACUAAAGAAGAGGAAAUAUCCGAAGAAGCCGAUGAACUUGAAUAUGUCGUUCGGGAAGGUGAUACAAUGUUUUCAAUUUGUUCUUACAUUGCUGAAACGGAAGAAGCUAUUAAUUUAGUAGAAGGAGAAAAAGUUUACAUCAUCGAUCAUACCAAUCAGGAUUGGUGGUUUGUAAAGAAACAUUUGACCGAAGAAAAAGGUUGGGUGCCGGCGCAAUAUUUAUUGAAUGAAACACAUUAUACUAUUUACUUGCAGCGAAAAUUGCAUGAAAAGAUUGAUAAAUUACCAAUCUUUGAAAAACCGGCUCCUGGAGAAAAAGCUUCAGCACCAAGAUUUAUUGAAAAAUUACAACCGAUUCAUACGUUAGAUGGUUACACCGUUCAAUUCGAAUGUCAAGUAGAAGGCAUACCAAGACCACAAAUAACUUGGUUUCGUCAAACUGCUAUUAUCAAACCAUCUAUUGAUUUUCAAAUGUAUUAUGACGAGGAUAACGUUGCUACUUUGAUAAUAAAGGAAGUUUUUCCUGAAGAUGCUGGUACUUUUACCUGCGUUGCAAAAAAUGCUGCCGGAUUUGCAUCCAGUACCACUGAACUUAUCGUUGAAGCUCCUUUGUCAGAUCACGGAUCGGAUGUUACUGGUCUAUCAAGAAAAAGUCUUUCAAGAGAAUCAUCUCUUGCGGAUAUAUUGGAAGGUAUACCACCUACAUUUUCUCGAAAACCAAAAGCAAAAUAUGUGAAUGAAGGUGACGAUGUUAUACUAGAAUGUCGAUUGGUCGCUGUACCAGAACCAGAAAUAAUAUGGUACCAUAAAAAUGCACCGGUAGUUAAUGAACAAAACAUAGUAGUUGCAACUGAGAGCGAUAUGCAUAUGUACUGCAGUAUUGUAAAAUUCACUAAAAUUAAAAAAAGACAGGAAGGAAAAUACAAGAUUAUUGCUAAAAACAGAGAAGGCGAAGCCACUAUUGAUAUUCCUGUGAAGGUGAAAACUGGAAAGAGUGAACCACCCGAAAUUUUAGAACCGUUACAAUCCCAUAUAGUCAAAGAAGGUGAGACUGUUGUCUUAUCAACUCAAAUAGUUGGUAAUCCAUCACCGAAAAUAACGUGGUAUAAAGAUGGGAAGCCGAUAAAGGGCUUACAAGUAAAGCAAGACGGACAUGUUAAUACGUUAAACUUAAUCCAACCUCAACUAACAGAUAGCGGGGAAUAUUCAGUCACAGCUAUUAAUGAUAUAGGCAAAGCCGAAACUCGGGCUACAUUGACCGUUGAGAAAGUGCCAAGUGGCGCCCCAGAACCACCAUUGUUCACUAAACGUUUCCAAGAGGUAAUUGUUCCGGAAAAAGGUACUUUCAAGUUAGUUGCCAAAGUUACUGGAAAUCCAGUUCCCGAAGUUACUUGGCUUAGAAAUAAUAAACCGCUUGAUAAAUCGGCCAAUAUCAUAGAAAGUUAUGAUGGUGAAAACAUUCUGCUCGAAAUUAAAAACGCGGACUCUGAAGUAGAUGCAGGAGAUUAUAAAUGUGUCGCAAGUAAUACGGUCGGAAAAACUUCUCAUGGCGCAAAAGUCACAGUGGAUGUUGCUAAAGUCUCCUUCACGAAGAACUUGCAAAAUGAAAUCAUAGUCGAUGAAUAUAAAACUUUGGAAUUAUGCUGCGAGACAUCUCAUACUGUUUCCACAAUAUGGUGGCACAAUGACGAGGAAGUCAGCGGAAUGGAUCAUCGCGAGAUAAUCCAGGAAGGACGUCUUCACAAGUUGCUUAUUAAGAAGAGUAGCUUUUCCGAUGCAGGAACGUACAAAUGUACUGUCAAGAAUCAAAUGACAUCUAGCAACGUUAUCGUUAAGGCCACCAAACCAGAAUUUGUCAAGAAAUUGCAGGACUUUGAAGUAAAAGAACGUGAUAUGGCAAUUUUGGAAGUUGAAAUUACAUCUCAAACAGCCAAUGUUACAUGGCGAAAAGAUGGCGAAUUAUUAACACCUAUUAAAGGGAAACUAGAAUUUGUGAAAGACGGUACUGUGAGAAAACUUUUUAUUAGAAGCGCGUCUGUUCACGAUGAAGGUGAAUACACGUGCGCUCUUCCGGAUCAAGAGUGCACAGCGGAAGUUACAGUUGUCGAAUUACCACCGGAGAUCAUUAUCAAAAUGCAAGAUAUAACUGUAGCCAGAGGAGAAAAAGCGACCUUCGAUAUAGAAUUAACGAAAGGUGACGCUCUGGUACGUUGGUUUAAAGGAGAACAAGAAUUGCAAUUUUCUGAACACAUUCGAUUGUCAAUCGAUGGUAAGAGACAAAAAUUAAAAAUCUACGAUAUCGAAGUAGAAGAUGCAGGAAUAUAUUCUUGUCGAGUUGGUGACCAAACUUCGUCAGCUAGACUGACGGUUGAAGAACCCGAAGUAGAUUUUAUUAAAAAAUUGCCAGAUGUUACUUUUGUACCUAUUAACACUGAUGCAACUUUUCUUAUCGAAUUAUCGCGGGCCGACGUACCAGUAACAUGGUUAAGAAAAGGUGAGAUGAUCGAUUGUGCACAAUCGUUGAAAUACAAUAUAAUCGAUGAAGGAAAUGUCAAAAAGCUCAUUAUUAAAAAUUGCACGUCCGAAGAUAUCGCUGAAUAUACUGCUAUAGUUGCCAAUGUAAAGACAUCAUCAAGAUUAAAAAUCGAAGUUAUCGAAACACCACCUAAAAUUCAUCCUGAUACGCUAAAAAAAUAUAGAACGGUGAAAGGUGACGAUAUUGAUGUCAUUGUAAAAUUUUCGGCUAAACCAACUCCAAUUGACGAAUGGACUGUUAAUGGCCGUGUUCUUAAAAAGUCCAAACGAAUUAUUCCAUUCAUUGACGAAUGCUCAGCUAUCUUAACGAUUAGAGAUGUACAAGAGAAAGAUUUUGGUGAUUAUAAUUUAAAAUUAACUAAUCCUCAUGGAGAGGAUAGUAUAGAAAUCCAUGUCAUCGUUGUGCAGGUACCCGGAGCACCAGGAAUUCCAGAACCUCUUGAAAUAACUGAUAAUAGCAUUACUCUUCAUUGGAAGAAACCAGAUUCUGAUGGACAUUCUCCAAUUAUAGAAUAUAUUUUAGAAUAUUGUGAAAAAACAGAAACUUCGUGGAACAGAAUCACAGAAACGAUAAUCGAAACUGCGUAUAAAUUGACGAAUUUAAUCACUGACAAUGAAUAUACCUUCCGUGUGACGGCCGUUAAUGAAGUUGGAUCAGGAGUGGCAUCUCCGAAUACGCCAUAUCUAAAAAUUUCCAAGCUAUCGGCGUCCGAACCACCAACCAUCCUUGAAGCACUCAAGAGCAUCAUCAUUGGAUUAGAAGAGACCGUCACACUUUCUUGCGUGAUUGGUGGUGUACCGACACCUCGUAUUACGUGGUUAAAAGAUGGUAUGGAAUUCCAAAAUAGUGACAUUACAUACGAAAACCAUGUGGCUAAAUAUACUAUUCAGAAAACCACCGAAGCGUCUUCGGCCACAUUUACGGUUAAAGCCCAAAAUAACGUGGGUACGGCUGAAACAUCGUGUCAAUUAAAAAUUCAAGAAUCUCCAAAGAUCAUCUGCGACGAAAAUUUGAGGAGCCAGAGAUUAACAGUGGGUGAUAAUUGGAAAGUUAACAUUCGUUUCAGUGGUUUUCCAAUACCAGAAGUAACAUGGAUGAUAAAUAAUGAGAGAAUAACUGACAAACGCAUAUCCAUCGAGACUACGAAAAAUAUAUCUAUUAUUACAAUUCCUUCGCUCGUCAGAGACGACUCAGCUAUUUAUACAGUGAAAGUAUCGAAUGAAGCCGGUAGCUCAUCGAUGGAAUGUCAUCUUUGUGUUAUAGAUAAACCAAGCAAACCUCAAGGACCAGUUAUCGCAAAAGAAAUUAGACAAGAUCGUGUCACUAUAGAAUGGCGACCGCCGAUCGAUGAUGGUGGUAUGAAAUUGGAAGGCUAUACCAUCGAAAAAUAUGAAGCAAAUAAGAAAGUUUGGAUAAAAAUAGGUGAUGUUGACAAAGAAGUCGAGAACUUCUGCGCACAGAAAUUGCAGCAGAAUGUCGAUUAUCUAUUUAGAAUAAUAGCUAGAAACGCGUUCGGAUCAUCAGAUCCUUUAGAAUCCGAACCAAUUCGAACAAGAACUUCAUUCGAAACACCAGGUCCGCCAAAAGGACCACUCGAAGUUUUUGGAAUGACAAAAACGUCAUUCACAUUAAAAUGGGAACCACCAGAGAACGAUGGCGGUACUCCUAUCACAGAUUACAUCAUUGAAAUGAAACAGACAUCAAAGAAAAAUUGGGAAAGAAUUGCGUGCACAACUGGAGAAGUCACUAAUGUUACUAUAUCUGAUCUAAAAACGAAUACGUCAUACAAUUUCCGAAUAACAGCUAAAAACUGUAUCGGCACUGGUCCUCCGUAUAUAGAAGAAGAAGCAAUUACAGUCGGUAAACGACCAAAAAUAAUAAAGCUUACAGAAAACAGCAUAUAUGCGCUAUUAGGCAUAUUUCCAUCAACCAAAACAAUCGUCGUUGAAACACCACCUUCGUGCCCUCUAAAUGUCCGAGCGGUAAAUGUUACAAGCAAGAGUGUCACUCUCAAUUGGUCACCACCGGCUACGACAGGAGGAUCAGAAUUGACAGGUUACGUAAUCGAAAAAAGACCAUUAAUUGGGAAAGGCGCCAGAUGGACAAAAGUUGUCACAUUGGACGCUACAACACAUCAAUACUGUAUAGAGAACUUAAAGGAAAGUGAAUUUCUCUUUAGAAUCUUCGCUGAAAACAGCAUAGGUCUUAGCAUACCAACCAAUUCCGAACCGAUCACGUUAAAAACUCAUGCCAGUGUGCCGUCACCACCUACCGCUCCGUUAGAAAUGAGACAGAUCGCGGCAAAUACAAUGGUAAUCGAAUGGGGUAAACCCGAAUCAGAUGGUGGUGCACCUCUGGAGGGUUAUAAAAUUGCCAUCAAAGACGCGAAGAAAACGAUGUGGAUGGAAGUAGGAAGAGUUGGCGCGGACAUUCAAAAACUCAACAUUAGAGAUCUGCAAGAGAAUCAUGAAUACCUCAUAAGAAUUUUUGCACGAAAUGAGAUUGGAUUCAGCGAUCAUUUAGAAUCAGAAGAACUUUUCAAAAUCGUACCAACAUCAGAACUGUCAUGCGUGGAACCACUUGCUGAAGCUGUGGACAAAGGUGAAACCGCAUCAAUCAGCUUUAGCACGGAAAACACAAGUUCUUGGUUGCGAGAACAUAAUAUGGACGCUGAUAUACAUUCGUACGCGAAAGCAAGAUUACUUAGGAAAGACGAAUAUUUCUUCCGCAUUUGGCACUAUGCUAAAAAGUUAUUUGAAUAAGCAUUUCUACAUAUAUAAUUUUCAACAUUUCUAUUGUAGAUUAUCAGCGGAUGUAAUUUGUAAUAAUUUCCGCAUUUGUGCUAUUUAAUUCUUCUUUUUCCUUUACCGAACACUUUCAAACUUUAAAUCAAUGUAUCAGUCAUAGUGUCAUUGAUCGUUCCUUUGUAAGAUCGAGUUGCGUGUAAUGAUUAUACAUAUAUACUGAAAUUACCAAUUAAUUUUUUCGUGAAGCCGAAUGUUGUUUGCAAAAUGCUAAUUUAAGGAUAAAGUACACACACACACACACACACACACACACACACACACACACACACACAUAUAUACAUAUAUAUAAAUUUUCUCUUUAAUCUUUCCCUAGAGCGUUAGGGAUAUGUACUUUAUUACUUACAAGUACGAUUGAACAAUUUGUUUUUAUUUUAGUUUCGCGUUGUUUUGAUUACAAAUUACACUUUCGUGCAGUUUCAUCAAUUUUAUUUUCUGCCGCUAGUGCGCAUUAUUGAAGAUGUAUUUACAAUUGCAAGCGGCAAUAACAACGAACCUUUAUGUAUCUUGGAAAAUUGUCUGAAAUUUUGAAAUACGCGAUAUUCUACAUCUAUUAGUGAUGUAUGUGUCUUGUUUAUAUGACUACGUAACUUUCUAUUUGUAUGGCGAAGCCAGAGCUUGCGAUAUUAUCUUAGUAUUUAUUCUCCAAGUAUAAUAUAUGUUAUUUUUUCUCGUUACUAUUAUCCGUGAUAAUAUUAUUAUAAUUUCAUUUUGAUUAAUAUUAUUAGUAUUGAUAUACUAAAUUAAGGAAAUGAAGAAAUAUCGUGCGUAUUUGGUAAGCGAGACGUAAAAUAUAGGUGCACUUAUCAACCAACAUUGCCAAUGACGCGUCGUAUAUUUCUUUAUUUGUAAUAUUAUAUAUUAUAUAUAAUAUUGUAAAUUAUUUUAUUUAUGCAUUAAAGUAUUACAAAUUACAUAUUA